AUGUCAAACGGCCCCCCGGGUCGUGGAGGGGGCUGGUCCCCCCUCCACUUCCGUUCGCCGUCGCCGUACGCCCCCUCCCCGCCCCCCCGGCUGGGCAGCCCUGGCGCGAACGUGCUAGGCAACCGGUUGCCGCACAUGCCCGCCCCCAGGCCCCGCUGGCCCGCCGCCAUGUCGCCGGGGCCCCACCACGGGGCCGCCACACCGCCCCCCGGCCCCCGACCCUUCAGAAUGCCCAUGCAUCCGCCCUCACCAGCACCCAACCGCGGGUCCCCUGACGUUUAUUUCCGCGGCAUUCACCCUUACACAUCGUACUCCCCUGUUCCGGAAUUCGGCCCCCCCAGUCGCGAUUACGAAUACGUCGGUGCGCCCUUGGAAACGCCGCCACUGCCCCAAAAUUACGCGCCGGACGAUGAUGAGGAUGCAGGACCUUCGACUGCUGAAAUCAUCGCCAACCAAUCGCAAGAUUACGUCGACGAAAAAUUAUUGGAGUACCAAAUGACAAUAUAUCAACUACAAGAUAAUCAAGAAAGAGUGCAGAAGAAGACCUUUGUCAACUGGAUCAAUUCCUAUCUAUCUAAGCGAGUUCCACCGCUGAGGGUAGAUGAUUUGAUCGGGGACCUAAAAGACGGUACUAAACUUCUAGCACUGUUAGAAGUGUUGUCCGGAGAAAAACUGCCUAUGGAGAGAGGCAGGAUUUUGAGGAGACCACACUUUUUGAGCAACGCCAACACCGCCCUGCAAUUCCUGCAAAGCAAACGAAUAAAACUGGUUAACAUUAAUUCCAGCGAUUUGGUGGAUGGGAGACCGCCAGUCGUACUCGGACUUAUUUGGACCAUCAUAUUGUACUUCCAGAUCGAAGAAAACAGCAGAGACCUCGACUUUAGAGCCCAAUGGGGUUCCACGAGCAGCUUGGAGAGUGCCGGCACGACAUCGUCGAAAGACAAAUGGAAGCAGGGGGCCCGCAAAACGCUGUUGCAAUGGGUUUCGAACGCCCUGCCCAGCGAUUCCGGGUUGGAAAUCAAGGAUUUCGGCGCCAGCUGGCGCGACGGCAUCGCCUUCUUGGCCAUAAUUGACGCGAUCAAAAAGAAUCUCGUUGACAUAGCCAAGUUAAAGAAAGAAACGAACCGAACCAGACUCGAGACGGCCUUCGACGUGGCCGAAAACGAGUUGGGAAUCACCAGGCUGUUGGAUCCGGAAGAUGUGGACGUUCCAAAGCCGGACGAAAGGUGCAUAAUGACUUACGUGGCGCAGUUUUUGCAGAAGUACCCGGAACCGAAGUCGACCGGACCGGACGCCAUAGCAUCGAUUCAGGAAGAGUACGGCGAGUUUUUGGCCUGGCUCAUGAAGAAAACGCAAUACUUGGAACACCUCCAGCAAACCAACUCGUUGCCUUUGGACUACACUGAGUACAUGGCGUUCAAGUCCGAAGUCGACGAUAAAGAAUCGAUCCACAAAAAACUAAAGUCCCUUAUCGAGUCGCAAAGCGUCAUUUCUAUCGCCAAGGAGUCUUGGUUCGACAUAACCAAGCUGUGGACAAAACUCGAGCGCCAACUGCUCUACUGGUUGUGGCUGUUGGACUCUCGUCUGCCUGGCGACUUCAGAUUCGUCGGCGAAUGGCUCGCCAAAGCCGAAAAACUCAUCUACUUGGACGAAAUACCGUCUGCGAUGAACGAAGAAACCGCCGCCAUCAUAAGCAGAAAACUAGAGGAGCAUAAAGCGUUCUUUGCCGAUUUGCCAGCGGUACAGCAGAGAUUCGCACAAGUUUGCAACUCGCCCUUAGCCAGAGAAGUGCCUUCGGAACAGAUAAACAAUAUGGCUGUCAGACUGAACGAAAUAGGACCCAAAGCUGCUCAAAGACGAGUAAGACUGAAGUUUCUUGAACAUAAGUGUUGCCUUAUUGCAUUUUUGCAACUUACCGAAAACAAACUAAAGACGUGGAACGCGAAAUAUGGCCGCGUCGAACGGGUUAUACAACUAUUGGACCAGUACAGAAAUUUUGUGUCUAAGAAUCACAUUUUCCAAGAGUUUAACAAAGCCUUCCAGGAUAUGCAAGCCGUGAUUGAAGAAUACAAACGCGACGGCAAUAUAAAUAGAAAAGAGGCGAUGGAAAUAGACAGAUUUAUGCACGAUAUAGCCGAAAGAUGGAAGCAUGUGUCUAUGGAACUAAGAUGCGUGCAAAGCAUGCUGGAAGAAGUCGUGGCGUAUUGGAGGAGAUGGGAUUCACUUUCUCCGGAAUUUGAUGCUUGGCUAUCGAGAGCAGAACAAGCCAUGUAUUUGCCAGAGGAGCAAAAAAUGGAGUUCUUCCAGGACAUAUCCAUGUGGAAGGACAACUAUCAGAUAUUAGGCGAUACCGUAAGCUUCCUUAUAGCCACUGUUGACGAUAAAAUCGCCAUGGAACUAAGGGAUCGCUACCAAUUAAUGACCGACAGAUGGGAGAAGAUCUACCCGAAUGUGAACAAGUACAGCCACGCAGGCGAUAUUUUGAGAAACCGCAAUGAUUUUAAAUCUGGCCUGGAUGUAUUAUCGCAGUGGUUGCGGAAGGCCGAAAGUGUGCUCAACUCGCCAUGUUUGGGUUCGACGGAGAGAAUCAGAGAACACACCGUCAAUCUUUUGAAGCUGCAAGGAGAAGUCGAAGAAAUUGAAAAUCUGUUUAAAAAUACCUCGAAGGCUUUCCAGACCCUAAUACAAGACUUAUCACGUGACGACGUAGAAAAAAUGAUGACCACAUUAAAACAAGAAAAAGAAGCCUUAGUUAGAGUGAGAGCGUUGAUACCAGCGCAAAUACAUUUAUUCAAUCAACUGUUGAUCCAACAAGAAUCUUUAGAAGCCGGACAAAAGGAAAUCAAUGAUUGGUUGGAUAACGCCGAGGCUUUACUGGGCACCUUAUCACUUGAAGGCGACAAGGAACAACUUAAAGCUGAAGUGGACAAAGUUAAACACUUCUUUACCCGUACUUUGUACUACAAAUCGAUGUUGGACAGUAAAAAUAAAGUAAUGACGAACAUCAUCAAAUCAGUGGACCAAGCGAAUAAUCCAGACGUUGCCGCAAUGACAAACAAAAUGGACGUCUUAAACGACAGAUUCGGUUACGUAACGGAAAGCGCCCAACAAUGGGAGCACCGUCUGCAAGAAACCAUACGGUGCUGGUACAAUUUCUCGGAAAGCCAAAGGGUCAUUUCGAAUUGGCUGAGAAACGCCGAGAAAUUAAUAUCCGAGAAAAGGAUCGACAGCAAAGAAAUCGUCGAGGAACAUAAAAACUUCUUCCAAUCGGUGAAUGAAAGGUGGAUGAACGACCUGGUGCAAAGCGCUCAGGAUCUUUGCAAUAGCCUUCCAAAGGACCAGCACUCGCCGAUAUUGUCUUCCGUCAACCAGCUGCAGCACAAAUGGAAGGAAGUGAUGUCGUUUGCCCCGCUACACUUGAUGCGUCUGGAGUUUCGACUUGACGAGACCACCUUUAACUAUUACAUCAAAGAAAUAGAAAAGGAAAUCAACAGCGAACACCUCUCGUUCAACAGGCAGGACAACGUGGACGCCUUAAUCGCGCGAAACAAGGAGUUCUUCUCCGCCAGAGGCCCUUUGGGGGAGACCCACCGCUGCUUGGAAAACUUGAAGAGAACCAGUGAAUUUUACGCGAGCAAAUACUCUGAGGACAGAAGUUUAAUUGACGCCGUGCAAAAGGCUGAGCAGCAAUGGAACAACGUCAACAUCAGAGUCGAAAACUUGAAGCAAGAACUCGACCAGAUUCCGCAGAAAUGGGACCAAUACCACGAGAAAUUCAACGCCAUUUCCAAAUGGAUGGACCAGGUUGACUCCAACUUGAAGAACAUUCUAAAUGACGUGACCAGCGAGGAAGAGUUCGAAAGGCAGAAGAAUAUUUUCCAGAAUAUUUGCAAGGACGCCGAUUCAAAACGCGAAGACAUAAAAUGGUUGGUUCAGACUCACGACGCUCUAUCGUCGCACUGCCCGGAGCAGCAAGCCAUUUUGGAGCAGAAAAAUCUCGAGGCUCUCAUAAUUCGCUACAAAAAUCUGAUACCGUCCAUAGAAAUAACAAUGGUGAAAACCGACACCCUAUCGAAGUGCUACACCUACCGCAGAGAGGUGCGGGAAGUGUGCGAACUGCUCAAGAAAGUCCGCGACCAAACGAAACAAAAACCUCAACCGCAGAGUCUCCAAGUUGUGCAUCAACUGGUGAAACACCAAGAAUCAACAAUUUCGCAGUUGGAUAACCAAAGACCAACUAUUAUGUCCCUUUUGCAAAAAGGCAAAGAACUCUCUAGAGACACGAACGCGCCGAGCUUUAUGUCCGAGGAGGUAAAAACUUUGGAAACUGGUUGGACCGAAACUUACGACGAAACCAUCGAAAAACUGCACAGUCUCAUAGGUACUCAACAUUUAUGGACUAGCUACGAAGAACAAAAACAAGACAUAGUCGAUUUACUGCAGAGAGGCGAAGAAAAUAUUCAAAAAAUCUCGCCGGCGCAUUAUAACCCCGUAGAGUUAGUCAACAAGCAGCAGCUUGCUCUACACCUUCGCGAAGAUACCGAGGACAUGCUAAAUAAACUUAGGGAAACCUCUGCUAAUUUGGGCAAUCAAACCGGCCAACAGCAGCAGUUUAAAAGAGAAGUUCAAGAAAUCGAACACAGACUCAAUACCACACUAACCAAUGUGCAAGAACAAGUUGUGCUUUUAACAGAGUACAACACAAAAUGGACGACUUUCCAGAACAAAAUAACCCAACUGCACAGCUGGACAGCCCAAACGGCGCCUCAGUUAUUGUCCCAAGUGCAAGAGGACACCAUCACGCCAGAAGACAGAUUGACCAAAACGCGGGUUUUGCAAUCCGAAGUGGCUCACAAAGUAAACCUACUCGACGAUUUGGGCAGAGAGGCUCAACAGCUCGCCAUAGAAGACAACCCCGAGGCUCAGAAGCUGAGAGCUGAACUGGCGUCGCUUCAGGAUCGCGUGGUGUCGAUAAACAAAACCGUGGAGGGUCAAGCGGCCACAGUAACACGUGAUUUGAAAAACUGGCAAACGUACCAGGCGCACUUGCAAGAAAUCAAACCUUGGGUGGAGCAAGCCGAACUUAAAGUGCAAAUCGGGGUGCCGAAACCUGGCAGCCUCGAAGAAGCCAUCUUGUUGCAAAAUCAAGCCAAAGAGUUCGCCAAGGAAUGCGAUUCGCAACAGAAAAAAUUACAAGGGGUUCAAUCUUUAACGAAGAAGAUGGAGAUAAAGACCAACGCGCCGGACGAAGUUGACUCUAUUCAGACCAGAUGGACUAUUGUUAACGAUACGGCUGCGCAAUGGGGACAAAAAUUCGACAAGCUAGUGACAAACUGGGUGGAUUUUGAUAAAAACGCACAGCAUUUGGAACACUGGAUCGACACAAAGGGAAAACAACUUGCUGAGAAAUCCGUGAAUCUCAACACACCACAUGUUGAAAAAUUGGAGAAAGAAUUAGCAAAACUUAAGGCGUUUAAUAACGAAAUAUCUGAACAACAAGCCAAAUUAAUUGCAUUAACUCAAAGUUCUGACAGUAUAAGCUACAAUGUCAGCCCAGAAGGUUCCACAGUUGUGAAAAACCAAGUGCAAGAACUCAAGUCGAAAGUAACGCAGCUGGCUGAGGGUGUGAGAGCAAAAAUAAACGAAGUAUCAGAUGCUAUCCUGGCCAAGCACGAUUUCCAGACUAAAGUAUCCGAAUUUACAAACUGGCUGGACAAUAUAAAUUCAAAUAUGAUCCAAAUCGACCAAAUACCAUCAGACAAAGUAGACAAUGCGCUAAUCAACGUGCAUAAUCUGCUACAAGAACAUUCAGAGAAGCAACCAUUGUUCAACACUAUUUAUAACGAGGUAAAGGAUAUCACUUUGCAUACUCCGCAGAUAGAGAACGAGGCUUUAAACGAAGAAUACACCACCAUAGUUCACCAUAACCAAGAGAUCGAACAUAAAUUGCAAGAGAAGAAAUAUUCGCUUGAAAGGUGGAUAGAGUUGUUAAAUUGGCACGGGGAUUCUAACAACCAGCUCAACCACAUCAAAAAUAUAAUCGAUAAUGAGAAAAAUACCCCCGAAACACUGCAGCAGUUAACGCAAGAAAUAAACACAGUCAUAAAUAAAAUCGUAACAUGGAAGGAAAACGUUCCAGCAAUCGAUAGCAGGCAAGAUAUUGUGAUACUUGAUAAACAAACUGCCUUACCGAGAACAGCCGAAAAUACUGUACGUGAAAUAGAGGUUAAAGCGAUUAACCUGAAGUCCCAAUUGGCCGAUAAACUGGAUGGUUUACAGAAAGUUAAAUCGCACUGGAAUCAGUUCGAAAACAUUCAACAACAAGUCAACGCUGAUUUAAACAAAUGCGCCAACCAGUUGAAAUUGUUGAUGAGCGAAGUUAAACACUCCAGCGAUGUGCCAAAGGCCGUUGAAAUGCUUGAUAAGUUAUUGGAGGAUCAAGUAGAAAAAUCGCCCAUUAAAGAGGAUUUGAGAAAAGAAGCCAUGCAGCUUAUGAAGGAAGACAUACAAAAUGUGUCGGUUAUACAGAAUACAGUUUCUACAAUUGAAAGUAAUUGGAAUAAAGUAAACGAAGAUAUUAAGGAGAAAAAAAUAAAACUGUCUGACAUAAUAUUCGCUUGGAAUGAAUUCCAAGAAGCCAAAGACCGUGUGGUUAAAGACAUCGCAAAAAUUGACAAGACAGUGGAAAAUCUGGAGACUCCAAACGAUUUGGUGCAAGCCAAUGUGAAUCUGGAAAAGGCGAAGAAAGCCUUGGAAGCUCUGAAGAAAACCAAAACCGCUUUGGAUAAAGCCGACAACAAAGGCUUGAUCACUAUUAAAAGGGCAGACAAUAUUCCUGGCAUUGAAGAGGAAGUGCGCAGAGACUUGCAAAUAGUGCACGACGUUUGGUCGAAAGUGUACGAAAAACUCCUUAAAGUUGUCCAAAAUAACGAAUCGCAAACCACAAUUUGGAAGCAUAUCGAAGACACCAAGAACAACUUGCUACAGUGGCUCGAAGAAAACAACACAGCUUUGAGUCAAGCCGUGGAAAAGCCCAAUGAACUCGAAGCUGCCACCGUUAAAUUGGCCAAAUAUAGAGAAGAGUUGCCCUUGCAUCAAAGACUUAACCAAAGCAUACCGACUAAAUAUACGCAGCUAUUGAAACUCACAGAUGGAAAAGAUGUACCAUCCUUACAGGUUUUAGUUGAUUCGCUCAACGAGAGGUUUUCUGAAGUGAAAAAGACUGCUGAAAAACUGGAAAGCGUCACGUCAACGUUCGGUGAGAAAGAAAGAGCUGUGAGAAACGACAUUAAAGAGCUAAAUAAUAAAGUAUCCGGCCUCAGAGAGGAGAUAAUAAAAUGCGAAGAUUUAUCAGGCGAUAAUAAUAAAAUCUUGGAACGCUUAUUAAUUAUAAGAACCUUUAAACAACAACUACUCGACUGCGAUACAAACAUAAAACAAGUAGACAAUGAUAUACAGUCUUUAAGGCAAAAUUAUCCAACAUUUACAGAUGUGAUACCCAAAGAACAGCAGAUGCUGAAGAAACGCUACGAGGGCAUACUCCAACACACCAACAAAAUUGAAAAUUCUUUGCUGAGCUUCCUUAAAAAAUUCCACAACGAAAAAUAUGGAGCAUUGCAGAGGAUCAUUGCAACUCACCGCGAAAAAAUACAGUGGUGUCUUCCCGAACCUUCAAGCGACAAGUAUAAUUUGGAAGUAAAGCUGAAAUCAUUAGAACCCAUACAAAGUGCAAUAAAUGACUGCGAAAAUCGAAAAGUUGAGUUGGAAAAUAGUUUGAAACUAUUACAGCAAGUCGAAUCGCCUGAUUCCAUCAAGCUUCUGACAGCCGAAAAAGACCACUUACUGUUGGAUUUGGAGAGCUUAAGGCAAAGCUUUGCUAAUACUAAACAAAUUUUGGAAAAAAAUAUCGCGAUCCACGAGAAAUACGACACCCUUACAGACGGGGUGGCAGCUUGGUUAAAAGAUACGGAAAAUAGAAUUAAAUCAGAGAGCACCACGCAAAUCGACUUAAACACAGUCGAUGAUAAAAUUAAAGAAAUUAAAACCCUGCAAAAAGAUGUAAUGGCGUACGAAAAAGAAUUGCAAAAAUUAUCGCCAAUUACCGAGGAGUUAACUAAAGAAAUGCCCGAGUCCAGAGUUAGCCAAUACGUACAACAUCUCAACACGAGAUAUCAAGCAAUCACCAAGUUCCUAGCAAGUUAUUUGGAGAAACUCGACGAACUCAAUAAAUACAAACAAUUGUACAGAAAUAGCAUUAACGAUGUUGAAAGUUGGUUGGUACAGGCUGAAGAAAAAGUCAAGUCGUUUUCGCAAAUCGCGUCGAAACCCAACCAAGCCACUUUAGAGGAGCUAAAGAAGUUUGCCAGCGAGAAAGAAACAGGCCAAAACUAUUUAGCCAAAGCCGUGGAACAUGGCGAAGCCUUAUUCUCAGGCAUCACUCCUGAAAACAGAGACGCCAUUAGGGCAGAAUUGAGAACCCUCAGAGACAAAUCCGAAGGAUUAAUUGAUAAAGUGAAUGGAAUCUACAAGCAAGUAGAAGGUACGCUGAUGCAAAGGCAUUCGUUCGACGAUAGCCUUCAGCAAGUAAACUUGUGGAUUACCGAUGCCAAAAACAAACUUGGAGGUGAACCCAAAUUGGAUAGCACUUUGCUGGAAAAGAAACAAACCCUGCACAACUACAAAACUCUGUUGCAAGACGUGAACCUACACAAAACCAUAUUAAAGCAGUUGCAAGAAAAAAUCGGCAAUUUGGCCGAUGCUGAUGCGGAAUCCAAGCUGAACCAAAACCUAAACAGCUACGGUGAAUUGGAGAAGGAAGUAAAUAAACGCAUCGUUCAAUCUGAAGAGUACGUGGCCAAGCACGAAGCUUACAACCAAGCGAUCGAGCACUGUCACGAUUGGCUGAGCGCCUUAACAUCCGAGGCGGCCUUGCUAGUCGACGAAACAUCGUUGGAAUCGCCCGAAGCUAAAUUGAACGUGGUCGAGAACCUUUUGGCCCAACAGGAUCAAGGCAACAAAGUCAUUGAAUCGUGCAAGUUGCAACUGGAAGCAGUCCUAAAGCAAACAGCGCCAAGCGGUCAUCCACCUUUAAUUAACAGUUACGAGGACCAAGAAAGGUCGUGGAAGUUGUUCUUGGAAUUGUGCACGGACGCGCAAAGCAAACUUAACGAAAUCAAUAGUCAGUACGCCGAAGUGGAAAAAUUAAGUGAAAACUUGGAAAAGUGGCUGAAACAGAAAGAGAACUUGGCUAAAGAUCAAAGUUUAAGAAGCACGGAAGAUUCAAAGAGGGCGCAUUUGGACAAAUUAAAGAACUUGGGUAUUGAGAUUGUUAAGAAAGAAGCAGAUUUUAAUAACUUUUCGGAAAUACUUAAGAAUAUCGAGCCUGACAAUAAGCUAACACAACUCUUAACAAGAUACCAAGCAUUGAAGAAUGCUUCGAAGGAAGCUAUUAAUCGUUACGAGGGUUUCGUUAAGGAACACAAGGACUUUAACGAUGAUUACAACGAAUUCUUGCACUGGCUAUCGAAUAAAGAAGAAGAACUCCAAGAUUUGUGUUUGAUAGUAGGUGACUUGAACGUUUUACAAAACAGGCAAAAGGAAAUAAGAGAUCUGAUCGAGGAAAGAAAUCAGAGAGCUGCAGAGUUCGACAACCUCCUGGAUAAGGGGGAAAAAUUGUACGCCCAUACUUCACCUGACGGCAGAGAAAUUGUAAGGCAACAGCUCAGGAACCUCAGAACAAUUUGGGACACACUGGCGGAGGAUCUGCAAAGCGCCACCAACAAACUCGACCAAUGUUUAUUGCAAUUCUCUGAUUUUACUGCGGCUCAAGAACAGCUCACCAAAUGGCUUAGAGACGUGGAGAAAGCGAUGCAUCAACACACCGAGCUAAAAUCGACCCUGCAAGAAAAAAGGGCUCAGCUGCAAAACCACAAAAUCAUGCACCAGGAGAUUAUGUCGCACACCGCUUUGGUGGAGUCUGUCUGCGAUAAAGCUCAGCAAUUGGUUGAUCAAACACACGAUAAAUCGCUAAACGUUUAUCUGCAAUCCAUCAAACAUUUGUUUGCCAGUAUUGUGACGAAGUCCGAGGAGUUGUUGAAAAAUUUGGAGGACUGCGUUGAAAAGCAUAACGCUUACAAUCAACAAGUAGCUGGUUUUAAGGAUUGGCUGAGCGGGCAAAACGAUAAGUUGCAAGAAUAUGAUGAUGUUAGCGGUGAAAAAGCAGAUAUCACAAAGAAAAUUAACGGUUUGAACUUCUUGAAAAAGAUCAACGAAGAAGAGGGUGUCAAGCUUUUAGAUGGGUUAAAACAACAAUUGAUAGUUGUAGCAAAAAGUACGGCUCCAAAUGGCGUGCAAAUCUUGAAGAAGGAACUCGAUGAUUUCAACGAUUCCCUCGAUCAACACAAAACAGAUAUAGACUCUUUGCUUGCCAAGCAAAACAACGCACUUCAGCAGUGGCAAGACUUCGACGCGGAAUUGGAAAAUCUAAAUCAAUGGUUUAAAACAACGGAAGUAAAAUUCCGAGACCAACCAUUACAGGCGACUUUACCCGAAAAAGUAAACCAACUCAAUAAAUUCCAAAGUGGUCGCGAAGAAGUGUCAGGUAAAGAAAAAGAUGUGGAUCACUUUAUGGACAAGAGUCACUCCUUAGUACACAGCAGCGGCGUGCAAAGAAUUAAAUCACUGGUUUCGCAAAUAACCAACAAAUAUCAGAACUUGCACAGUCUGUCCAAAGAUGUUGUCAAUCGCUGGCAGAGCAUUGUAGACGGCCACACCAACUAUAAGAACAAAAUACAAGAAACUUCCGAUUGGCUUAAGCCUUUAGAAGAGCAUUUAGCUGUAAUACAGAGGGGCGAUCUUUCUGGUAACGUAGAAGCAUCUACCAACAGAUUGCAAGUGCUUUUAUCGGAAAGGGAACAAGGCGAGCAUAAGAUUAACUCAUUAACUUUGCUGGGAGAAAGAAUUUUACCCGAUACGGCCACUCAAGGAAGAGAGUUAAUUAGAAACGAUGUACGCGAGAUACGCGAAAGAUGGGACAAACUAUCCCAAGGUAUACAAGAUCAACAAAAGCUCCAGGACGCGCAAUCGUUGCAACUGUCAAGCUAUCAAGAAAUGUUACAGCAAACAUUAACCUGGCUGGACUCCAUGGAAAACCUUGUAAAAAUAGACCCUUCCUCUUGGGUUUCGAUUCAAGAAGUUCGGUCCAAAUUACUGAAACACAAGACUACAGCUCAAGAAAUAUUAUCCCACAAAAGAAUUAUUGAAGGAAUCACCGAAAAAGCUCAGGCUUUAGUGCAACUGACAAACAAUAAGGACAAAACUGCCGAAGUGGAAGAAAGCGUUAAAUCCAUAAAUAAUCGUUAUCAAAACCUGUCCAAGGCAGCUCAGAACAAUAUUAAACAGCUCGAAGAUUGUUUAGACAUCUACCAACAAUUUUACGACUUGCAAAAGGCCCAACAAGACAACCAAAAACAACUGUGGGAUAAACUUAACAGUUUCCACGAUAACGCUGGCAACAAACAAGUCUUACAGCAGCGUUUGGAGUCCGUUAUAGAGUUACAAGACCAUCUACCUGAAAGCAACAUCAAGUUGAAGGAACUGGAAAACCUUGUAAAGAAUAAAAUAUCGGUUCUGCCUGCAAGAGCCCAGGAAGCCAUGAAUAGAGACGUGGCCAAUUUGAAAUUCGACCAAGAAAAAUUCGUGGCUGCCCUUAUGGACAUCAAAUCCGCCUUGGAAAGCAGAAUAAAACAAUGGAACGACUACGAAAACUCCUUGGACAAACUUUUAGCUUGGCUCGCGGAAGCAGAGGCAUCGCUCAAGAACUACAACCUUAAAUCGACGGUUGAUGAAAAGCAGCAACAGUUAGAAAAGUAUCAGGAUCUAACCAGAGUGAUUGACUCGCGCAAAAGCGAUAUCAAGGAGUUUAUUAAAAAUGCGGAUCAUUUGGAACAAGCUCUGAUCUUAAGUCUGCGGCAAAACGAGGCAGAAUUCGACAAGAUGUCUGACGAAUCGACGGAACUUGUGCAAAGUAGCGGCGAUACAAGAAUUUCAGUCAACAUACAACAAAUAACGUCUCGAUUCCAGUCUAUACAAGUAACUGCUAGAGAGAUCGUCAAGAAAUGUGAACAGGCCGUCGCCGAUCAUAAAUUAUACAACGAAAAGUACAGACAGUGCUCUGAUUGGAUAUCCACCGCACAAUCCAGAUUUAACAGUUGCAAAGAUAACAUUAAGGGAGAUGCAAGAAACGCUCUUCAAGAGCAAAUCAAAGUACUGGAAGAGCUUCUGUCAGAACAAACUAGUGCCACUCUUCUUCUUAACAACACCAUUGAAUUAGGAGAAAAAUUAUAUCCUUCCACAUCAGCUGAUGGCAGAGAAAUUAUAAACACUCAACUGCAAGAAUUACAGCAAGCCUUGGAGGCUCUAUUUGAUAACAUCAGCUCAUCCGAUAGAGAGCUAAAAGAAAAGCUAACAAGAUGGUCUGGUUUCGACGAGUGCCUAGAAAAUAUUCAAAAAUGGCUUAAAGAAGUCGGCAGCCAAUUGCCAGCUGAGAUAGAACUAACAUCCACUUUGGAUGAAAAGAAAGCGCAACUUCAAGUGUACAGAUCACUGCAGCACGAUGUCUUAGCACACCAACAAGACAUUGUGGAUCUUAAAGAUAAAGUGGACAGUUUGCCAGAGAAGAACGAACAAAUCGAUGGGCAGCUUAAAAACAUGACCAAACAACAUAAAAAGUUGGUAAAGAGAGCUCAGCAUUUCGUCGAAAGGUACGAGGCUAUAGUAAGCGAUCACCAACAAUACAGCAAAGCUGUUCUCGACGCAAACGAAUGGAUUGACGCCACACAUAACACUGUCACUUUACUGGGUGACUUGGAUUUGGAACGAAUUUCAUUGCUUUCGAACUUGGAACGACUUAAAAACUUACAGGCCUCCUUGCCCGACGAAGAGUCUAGAAUUCAAACAAUCAAAGCUCUGGGCGACAAAGUUAUACCAGGCACUGUUGAUUACGGUCAAGCGAAUAUACGAUCUCAAAUAGAAAACUCGCAACAAGAAUGGGCCGGUUUAAAGUCAUCUGUGGCCAACACCAUACAACAAAUCGAAAAUAAACUGGAACAUUGGGCCGAAUACGAGAACCUAAAAGACAAAUGCAUGGCUUGGUUAAGAGACACAGACACCAAACUGCAUUCUGUUGACUUAAAAGCAACUGCGGACGAAAAGAAAUCUCAAUUGGAAGCUUUGAAGACACUGCAGGGAGAAAUAAGAGCCAAAGAGUUAGAGAUGGAUGCGGUCACAGAUAGAUCUCAGCAGCUUAAUAAAGGUGUGUCGGCUAGGCCCUCGCAGAUAUCCGAACUGGGCGUGAAGUACCAACAAAUUUGCCACAAAGUUAAAGACUUGACCACCCGUUGGCAACAAUACGUAUCCAGUCACCAAGACUUUAACUCGCAAGUAGAACAGUGCGAUCAAUGGUUGGACGACAUAAAAGAUAAGUUGGAACAUUGCUCAGACCUUUCUUCCUCGUCACAAAAAGAACUAGAAUUAAAAUUGGAAACCAUACAAGACCUGUUAUUGAAUAAGGAGGAAGGCUUCGGUAAGCUACAAGGGUUGGUGGAAUUAGCCCAGACUGUUCUUGCAAACACCGCGCCUCAAGGUCACGAAAAUAUCAACCAAACUCUAUCAAACCUCCAAGAAAAAUGGUCCAACUUGGCCACAAAGAUGGUAGAAACCAAGGCCCUUCUGGACGAUGCCCUUACCAAAUGGGCUGGACUUUUGGAGGAAAUUCAGUCCCUGGAUAAAACGAUAGAAUCGUUGGAAAGUCAAUACUUGGAAUUAACCAUAUUCCAAAGUACAGUUCCGGAAAAGAAAUCUCAACUCGAUAGAAUCAAGAACUUGGAAGAAAGAGUCCGCGUUGAGAAAAUCGAAGUCGACAACUUAAAAUCGCAGGCGUAUGAAGUGUUAGAAAGCAAAAGAGGUAGCCAAGCUGCCAUUGAUGCUCAGAAAAUGCUCGACAGGUUCGACAAAAUCGCCAAAAAGAUUUCCGUCCUGCUUAGCGAUCGCGAGGCUCAAUACAGAGACCACAAGGCUUACAAGGAAGCCCACGAUGAAGUCCAGACCUGGAUGACGAGGGCGCAGGAAAAAGUGCCGCAGCUUAAACAAAGACCACUUAGUGACAAACUAACGGUUGAAACAUUCGCUGGACCCUUAGACCACCUGCUAAACAAAAAAGCUCAGGGAGAAGUGCUUUUAGAAAAUUUGGAUCACACUGCUCAAGUCGUGCUGCCAAGCACAAGUCCCGAAGGACAAGACAUUAUCAAAAAUGAUAUAAGAGCACUAAGAGAGAGUUUCGAUAGGUUAUUCAAAGAUCUUAAACAACAAAGAGAACAACUUGAAGUCGUUUUACUGCAUUGGCGCGAUUACAAAGACGAAUACGAAAGGGUAUCCGAUUGGCUUCAGCAGAUUACGAUUCUUAUUAAAAACCAUAAGAUUGCUUUAUUCCCCACUCUUCAAGAAAAAGAAAAGCAAGUUAAAGACGUUAAAGACAUUCUGAAAAGACUCAUUGAUGGUAAAGAUCAAAUCGAAAACCUCAACGAUUCAGCGAAGAUACUACUGAAAUCGCCUUUGGAAAGCCACGUUAACAACCAAUUGCAGCAACUUAGCUCGCGCUAUCAAGUGGAGUUGAAUUUGGCCAAGGACGUAUUAAAAAAAGUGGAAACCAAUCACGAACAACAUAACGAGUAUGCAAACAAUCUGGAAAAAACUCGAGGUUGGAUCGACAAUGCAAGGGAGCUCAUAAGGAAUUGCUCGGAAGCAGCCAACAACAAGAGCAAAGACAUCUUGCAGUUGCACCUCAACAAAAUACAAGACUUGAUACAAAAACGGGAAGGAGGACAAAAUUUGGUACACGCCACGGUCAACUGCGGCGAGAAGGUAAUUAGAAAUACCAGGUCCGAUGGAAGGGAAGCCAUUACGAAGGAAAUAAAGGAAAUACAGAGCGAUUGGGAAAGGAUCGUCAAGAAAAUGUCCACGGUCAAGGUUCAUUUGGAAACUGCAUUGCUGCAAUGGGCAGAUUACGACAGCUCCUACUCGCAAUUACAACAAUGGAUAACCGAUCGCGAGGCCAAACUCCAACAAGUUACCGAACAAAAAGUCGUUAAAACCAGAAAGGCAGGUUUAAGCUCGUUGCCGAUAGGAGAGAGAAAGGCGACGCUUAGAGAAACCGGCAGCAUCGUACAAGAUAUCGUUUCCUUCGAACCUAUGAUACAAUCUGUAACUUCUAAAGCUGAAGAUUUGAAACAAACCUCACCAGCUUCGGAAAUAUCCUCCAAAUACGAAACCCUAACGAAACAAGCACAGGAAUUGUAUGCCAAGCAAAAAGAUACCGUAGAUAAACACCAAGCGUUCGUCGAUGCUGCUAACAACUUUGUGCAAUGGUUACGCGUUGCCAAAGAACGUCUCGGCAAGUGCUCAGAACCGACGGGAGACAAAGAGAGUCUUGGAAGCAAGUUAUCUCAACUCAAAGUGCUUCAAAACGAAGUUUCCGAAGGCCAAAAGAAACUGGAAGACGCCUUAGACCAAGGUGACAAGGCCGUACAAGUGGCUGACGAAAUGGAUAAGGAAAUUAUCGAGGAAGAGUGCGCUCUGCUUCAAGAUGAUUACGAUAGCUACGUAGAAACGCUUACAAACACCAAAAACCUUCUGGAAAUUGGUAUUGUCAAGUGGACCGAAUACGGAGAACAAUAUCAGGACGCACUUGAAUGGCUAUCGCAGACCGAAAAGCUAGUGCAGAACUACAACAAGCUGCAAGACAGUUUGGAGCAGAAACGCGUCGUUUUGGAACAAUUCCAGGUUCAGUUGGAACAGUUGUUUGACUGGCAGUCGGAACUUGACAGGCUAAACAUGAAAGCUCAAGUGCUGUUGGAAACGUGCGCCGACACCAGAGUGAGCAACGCCAUAACACAACUGGGAACAAAGUAUAACGCCAUUUUAUCGCUAGCCAAAGAAGUUAUGCGAAGGUUGGAACUGCAUUACCAAGAACAUCAACAGCAUAGCACUUUGUAUCAAGAAUGCCAAGAUUGGGUAGACAGGACAAGGGACAAACUUAACAGUUGCACCGAAAUACCAAGCACUUUAUCAGAAGUAAACAAUAGGCUACAGAGCGUUAAGAACAUAAGAACUUCCCUGGAACAGGGGCAAAACAAGUUGAGGUACAUUCACGAGCUCAAGGAACGCGUUAUAAUGAACACCGAACAAACGGGUGCUGCUAAAAUACAAGAAGACACGCAAAACUUAAAUCACGACAUGGAAAAAUUGCUUGCGGACGUAAACGAGAUUCGUAAUAAGUUGCAAAACAGAGCCACGCAGUUGGAGGAAGUCGACAAAAUGUACAAACAAAUUCUGGACUGGCUGCAAGAUCAAGAAGCUCACAUUCAAUUCGACGAAGGCUUUUUGAAUGAACUUAGCGAGAAAAAAGCUAAAUUGGAAAAGCUCAAGGCCGUACAAAAAGAAAUCGGUACUCACAACGAAUUAAUUGAAAAACUACAAAACAAAAUUAAUGAAGACAAAUCGUUGAGUUCGAAGGAUUACGACGAGGCCUUUAAACGUUACAAUACUCUCAAGGAAAAAGUAUCGACAUCGAUUGUCGACUUGGAAGGCGAGGUAGCCGAGCACGACCAGUACAAAAACAUGUACAAUAAAGCAUCCGAUUGGAUUAAGAACUCUCAACUUAAAAUCCAAAAUUGCUCGAAUAUGCAAGACGAAAUGGACAAAAUUGUCGAAAAAGAAUCCACGAUUUCAGAAAUCGCCCAAUCUUUACAAGAAUGUGACGAUCUGGUUCACAAAACCAUCGAAAUGAGCAUACAAGUUAUGAAGACCACGGGCGAAGAGGGAAAAGAUACCAUCAGGCAAGACAUCGAUCAGCUUAAUAUGGACUGGGAAGGUCUGCAGUUGAUCUGCAAGGAAACGCAAAAGAAUUUGGGCAAAUGCAAGGAUGCCUGGAAGGACUUUAAUGGGAAAUACGACGCCAUGAAGAAAUGGAUAGAACAAUAUCAAGGCACUGUCAACAACAUCCAAAAACUAGAAAACAAAAAGCCCGAAGAUUUAGAAAAAUGCAAAAAAAUCCUGAACGAGAUUAUAGAACAAAAACCUCGAAUGGAAGAACUCACGGAUGCUUGCGAAUCUUUGCUGGAGUUAAGUGCAGUUGGCUGGGUUAGAGAUAAAACAGUACAGCUACAAACUGCUUACACGAACCUUUUAACGAACGCACAAAGUUUGGUGUCCAAAGUGGAAAAGAACCUCUCCGAUCACACCGAGUUCCUUAAAGCUAAAGCUGAGCUCGAAAAAUGGCUAGGCAAUGCGCACGAGUCCGUCCAAAACUGUCUUGGAGUCGGUGACGAAAAAGACAUCAAAAAUAAAAUGGAAAUCGUACGAUCGAUCGCUUCGAAUCUCAGCGACGGUCAACAAUUGUUGAACACUUUGCAGGACGCCUUCGGAAAAGCUAUUAACACGUCUCCUGCAGACAAGCAGGAUGAACUGCGUGACGAUAUGACCACUUUAAGAAACAGCUGGGAUCAACUCAAUAUGGAUAUAACCUCGGUGCAAGCACAAUUAAAGGCUUCUUUGGCCAGAUGGGAAGAAUACAACGACACCAAGAAGAAUUUAGAGAAAUGGCUGAAAGAAACUGAGAAAACGUUGGCAAAGAAGCCAGACACUAAAGGUGAAUUAAGCGAAAUGAAGACGCUAUUGGAACGUUACAAAAACUUACACACCGAAAUCGCCAACAAGCAAGCGGAUAUUACGAGAUUGAAUGCCGAAUCCAAAGAGUUGAGUUCCUGGGUCAAACAGUCAAGCGUUGGGGACGAAGUAAACAAGCUGCAAGCAAGAUAUGAUAAGCUUAACGUGUUAUGCAACUCGCUUAAAGAGGAGGUGGAGAACCAGCUGCACGAGCUCAAUUUGUACCAGCAAAAACUGCAGGAUACAGAAAAAUGGUUACUGCAAAUAUCCUUCCAGCUUAUGGCGCACAAUUCCUUGUAUAUUUCCAAUAGAGAGCAAACUGAGGAGCAAUUGGCGCAACACGAAGUUUUACUAGAUCAAAUACAAAAGUACCAAAAUACAUUGGACGACUUAAAGGCCAAAGGGCGCGGUCAGAUUGAAAGGUACGCUUCUAAAACUCCCGGAAUUAAGGAUACUAUAGAAAAACAAUUGAAUAACGUACAAGACAGCUACAAUUCUUUGUUGAAUACUGCCAUUCAGAUUAAGAACAGAUUAUUGGACUCGCUGGCGAAAUUCAAAGAGUACGAAGAUACCCUUGAGAGUAUCAUGCAGAAUUUGGACGAACACGAGAUUACUGUUAUGGAGGAAGUUGAAAGACCCAUUGAGAGCCUUAUUGAUGCCCACAGUCAACUGGAAACGGCAAAGAUUCUGCAUAAUAAGCUUCAAAGCGAGAAGUCUCGUUUGGCUUUGGCAGUGCAAGCUUGCGAAGCUGCCACAGCUUCGAUCAGUAGACCCAGCAGUCCCAGGGACGCUUUACCACCACCGAUACCCAUUAAAGAAUUAGAAUGUAGGACCAGAUUAGAAGACCUUAUCGAUCAGGUACAAUCUCAUCUCAGCAAUUUGACUUCAUCGGUUGCUGAAUUUGAAGAGCAAGAAAAGCAGAGAACAGCAAUUAAAAAUUGGAUUUUGGCGCAACGUCAACAAGUAAAUGAAUGGAAGAAUAGGCCGAUUAAGUUGCGAGCCGACGCUGCCAAACAAGAACUAAACAGCAUGAAGGACUUGCUGACGUCUAUUGGUCAAAGAAAGAAUCAACUGAUCACCGAAAUGCCAGCGUAUGGCAAUGAAAACGACGAGCUCGACGAUAUGCUUAACAAACUUGAAGAAGACGUAAGCGAGUUGAUAGUUCAAAGACAAAACAACCAGGAAGUUAUCGACGAAUAUCGAAAUCAUGUCCAAGUCGUCAAUAAUUGGUUCGAUAAUCUGGCAAAGAGAAUCGAUGCCGUCGAUAAAGGCUCCGGUCUCAAUUGCCAACAAAAACAGACCACGAUGGGCGAAAUACAGGCGGAAUUCGAUGACCAAGGACCGAAACGCGUCGACGAAGUGAAACGCCUUGCCGCUCAAGUCAUCGAGUUUGUGAACAACCUAGACUCCCAACAAGUCGAGGAACAACUGAAAUCGAUCGAAAGACGUUACAACGACAUCUCCAAACGCAUGCAGCGCAAAGUGCAAGUAUUGGAAAUGACAAGGAAAGGCAUAGAAGACACUAGAAACGAAAUAGAACAAGCGCGGGAAUGGGUCAAAGAGAAGUUGGUGUCUUUGCAAAGACCGCAGCCUUUGGGCUUCGAAAGCCGCAAAGCCGAAGAUAAACUAACCAGCCUUAAAACCUUACUCAAAGAAGCCGAUAAUAAGCUAGUCCUUAAAGACACCUUGAGUAAACGCGUAAGCAACAUGGUGAACGAGUUGGAGCCCUCAGAGCAAAACCAACUCGAAGCCGCCUUAAAGAAUCUCGGCACGGAACAGGAACAGUUGGUCGAGAAGAUAAAAUCCGAAAUCGAUCGAAUUACAGCCGCGGCCAACACAAGAAGAAACCUCGAAGAUAACCUCGAAAAAGCCAAAUCCUGGCUUAAAACUAAGAACGCUGAAAUCCGCAAGCUAAGUGGUUAUUUGCCUCUGAAAUCGACUCAAGUCGAUAAUGAAAUAUCGCAACACAAAAGCUACGAAGCGCAAAUCAAAGAGUUCAAUGAGGGCGAUCUUAACGACCUCCUGAAACUUGGCAACAGCGUGCUGAAGGAAUGCGACGAAAACGAUAAGGAACGUCUGCAGCAGCUCUUGCAAGAGGUUAAGGACGAAUACGAGCAUCUUAAAUCGGAAUCCUCGCAAAAAAUUCAGGCGCUUUCAGAUUUGCAACAGGGCCGCAAACAGUUCGAAGGCGAAAUUGAUGAGUGCAUCGAUUGGUUGAAGGAAGCCGAGGUUGCCACUUCGUCGGAAAUCCGCGCUCCUAACCUGGAGGUGCUGGAAGAACAACUCGCUAAAUAUCAGAGUCUCGAGGAGGCUUCGAAGAGAGUACAGUCGAACAUAGAGAAAAUAGUCGAGCAAGGUAAAGCUAUACUGCCUACAAUAAGCGAGUCGGAUAAAUUGAUUCUCAAUGAAAUGUUGAGCGAUAUAAAGGAUCGUCACAGAAGAAUCGCUAAUUUGAUACAAGACAGAACAAACGCCCUUAAACAAAAUAUACAGCAGAUUAAGGAUAACAAGGCGCGAUUGGAAGAAAGCGUGCAAUUUGUGCAGGACAUCCAAAACCAACUCAAAGAACUCAAUAAACCAAUUGGUACCAAAGUGGAAGAUGUCCAGCAAGUACUCAGCACCUACGAAAGAAUUCUUAAGGAUUUAAAGGAUAACAAAGCCAAAUUCGGUGACGUUUCCGGCUCGCCGGAGCUACAGAGCGUUCUGAAUAUGCAAGACGAACUAAUUAAAUCAAUUGAAGAUCAAAUAGCCAAACUUAGACAACUCCUGUUACUUAGAGAACAAUAUUUGGCGCUUAUAACCGAAAUUAUGACUUUCAUAACGAAAUACACCGAAAUAGUGCGGGAUAUAGAACGGUCCGGGGGUACGAUAGAAGAAAAGAUUAAAAAGUACGACGACGUCAUCGUGAAAAUACAAGAAUGCGAAGCCAUGCUCGCUUCGGCGGCCGACAAAGGACAGCAAAUAGCAGCUGACGGGUCCGCACAGGACAGCAACACGAUCACGCAACAAAUACAGUCGCUGAAGCAGUCCUUGUUGAAUUUGAGACGCGCAGUCGAGAAACAAAGGCAAGAACACGAGAACACUGCGGCUGAAUACAAAAAAUUGGCCGCGGAGCUGGAGGAGAUCCUCGAUUGGCUCCACGCUAACGAAGCCAACGUCAAGUCGAGACCGUUGUUGAGCAGGGACGUUGACAGUUGCGAAAAGGAGAUAACCAAGCAUAGAGAGUUGGCUUUGAACGUGAACACGUAUUUGGAUAAAAUAAGGAAGAUCCAGGAGGGCAGCAGGCACGAUGAAAGCAUGCCGGGGGCGUUGCAAGAAAAGCUGUCCGAAGCUAAUUCGCUGUUGACAUCGUUGCCGCGCGAGUUGGAAGAUCGCGGCAAGUAUCUGGAAAACAACAAGCAGCUGCGCGAGGCUUACGCCUUGCACAAGCAGAAGUUGUACGACUGGGUGCGCGAGGCGGAAAUCCGGCUCGGCAGCCACAAGGACGGCGUCGACUUCGAGAACAUCGUCACGGACUUGGAGGAGCACAAGAUAUUCUUCAGCACGGAGAGCAACGUGCGCGAGCUGGUGUCGCAGACGAUUCAGCAGGCCGCCGACAAGAUUUGGCCCAGUUUGACUCCUCUGGAGCAAGAAGAGCUCGGCAGGGAGCAACAGCAACACACGCAGGUGCUGAAGAACACCCUCAACUCUGCUAAGUCGCAGCGCGCGCAGCUGGAACAGGACUCAGAGGUUUGGAAGAAGUACUGUCAAGCUCUGGACAAGAUCAAGGCGGCCAUUGCCAGGACGAAAUUCACCGACGAACCGGUCUCCACAUUGGCAGGACUGCAUUUCAACGUGCAGAAGAUAACUCACGCCCUCAACGAUAUACAGAAUCAAAAACCCGAUCUCGACGUCCUUUUGCAUCAGGCUUCGGAAAUAUCAAAGCAAGCCGACGAGCGAAACCGUCAGCAAAUCAAGUCGCAGAGCGAACAGGUGUCAGAAGAGUGGCGCACGUUGGUCAGCGGUUUGGAGUUGCGAAGAGACACCCUAACGCAACUGGCGCAAAUCUGGGAAUCGUUCGAGGGCCGCUGGCAAAAUUUCGAAGGGAUACUUUCCGGUCUGGAAGAACGCUCCAAGCACAUCGAUCAAGUAGUCAGAAACAAGGACCAUGUGAUUGGCACAGUCAAAAGUGUUGAGGAGCUGCAAUCGGAAGCAGAAUCCCUGAAAAGUCACCAAAAAGAAGUCAACGAUUUGUCGAAUACUGUGCUUAUUUUCUUGAAAGAGUGUUCAGCUACUUCAGCUUCAGCUCUCACUGACAAGUUGCAGCAAUUGAAUCAAAAUUACGAAAGGCUUCUGACAAGCUUGAAAGAAAAACGCACCAAGUCCUUAAAGGAUCUAAGCGACAUUGAACGCGCUCUGAUCGAAAUAGCUCAAAAAAGGCUCCUCCUUAAAGAACUCAGUCAGGAGGUGCAAGAUUUUUACAUUUACGGUCAAAAUCUACAAGAGACCGAAUCCAACUUUAACCAGCUUCAAACCAAGGUCAAGUCCGAGGUAUUCGAAGCUAAAAACUUGUGCGUCGAGCUGCGAAACAGUUACAAUAAGUUUCAGCAGCUCGUACCGUCUGACAUCGCUCAAGAGUUGAACCAAUUGGAGUUGAUUACCGAGUCCAUUACGAACGCGAUGGAGGAAAAAGACAGGGAGUUCAAAAAAGCCAGGACCACACGCACCGAAUACAACAAUGACGUCGAGGAAAUUCAAGGAUGGAUCAAAGAUGCAGAAAUUAAGGUACAAGAUCGCUCAAUCGAACCUCAUGUAUUCCAAGAAUCCCUUCAACAAAUCCAAUCCGAACUGUCCAACGUUACCGAGAAGAUGGAGAAAAUCACGAAAAACGGCAAAACCAUAAUCGAAAAUACUCGCGACCCGAAAGAGAAGCAACUCAUUCAAUCGACAAUAAAAGACCUGACCGACCAACUCAACCAAAUCAGAACGUGGCUGGAGGAAAAGCGGCAACAGGUCGGCGAAACUUUGGACGCUUGGCAACGUUUCCUCAACCUGUACAAACAGGUCAUGCAGUGGGUCCAAGAGAAGAGGGUGUUCUUAAAGGAACCACUCUAUAUUAGUACUCUGCCGGAGGCCAAACAAAAACUACACGAUUACUCCAAUGCUGUUAAAAGCUGCAAGUCAGUAACAAAGAAUCUAAGCGAUAUGGCUAAAGAAUUGGAAUAUAUAGGUGGCGUUACCAGCGUUGGAGAUCUUCCUCAUAAGAUGGAAGAGGCGGAGGAAUUGAAGACUGAAGUGGAAGCUCAAAUUUUAGAGAGGAACGCUUUACUUCAAGAAACGUCCGAAGAAUGGGAACAAUGCGAGAAAAAGAUGAAGGACGUUCGAGGUUGGAUAGAGAAAACUAAAACGGCUCUGGAUUCUCAACAGAACAAGAAGAAACCAUUGAGGGACCAACAUGCGCUUAGAGAGAAAAUGCUGGGCGACAUACAAAUUCAAAAGACGAAGAUAUCUUUGUCUGUUGAGAAACUUCAGCUUCACUUUAGAUCUGGAGUGGGCGGCGAUGCCAAGGUGACGCAGUCCGCGAAGGAGCUACUUGCCGAGUUGGACGACUUGAAUGGUUCCAUCAAGAGCCAGAUCGAGCAAUUGGAGAACGCCAUCAACCAGGUGGACCAGUACCAGUUGGAGGUUCAGCAGCUCCGGCAGCAGAUCGUGCAGGUGGAGCAGCAGUUGCGAGCCGCCAUGGCUCCGACGUACCUGCCCAACGACCGAGACCAGGCGCUGAAAGAGCAACAGGCGGACAUCCGACAACGCAUCGCCGUCCUCUGCGGAUGCAUCAGGCGCGUGGAUCCUUACUGCGUCGUAGCGGAUCCCGAGCCCUUGCUAGGCGCGUCUUACGCGGACAUCGCCGCAGGACGAUCUCACUCGCAAGACAGAAGAUCCCUGUCACCUGCUCACCCCGCAUCCCGAAAACCGGUCUCUGAGACAACAAUUAAAACUCACAUCACGCACCAUACAGAAUCGGUGCCUACGAUCGUCGAGCCUGUGAAGGAAGUCCAGGCGACGCCCCGUAAAAGUCGUUCGCCCAGAAGAAGAGCCGAAACGCCCCAGAUCAAGGUUGAAACCGAGCCGAGCGAAGAAGUCAUCCGCAUGACUUUGGAGCCAUGCGAAAACGAAAAUAUUUCAGUCACUAUGACUACCGUUGACGUUACUAAUAAACCGAUUCGUUCCGUGUCUCCUUCAAACUACUUAAGGUCCGAAAGUAAAGCGAGAAGUCGCUCCAAGAGUCCCAUGUGGAAUCCUGGUUCGACUUCUUACGCGGAAAUGCUUAGAGGACAAUAUUUAGAGCAUUAUCAGCUAGGUCAUAAUGCAUCUGAAAUUAACGUUACAAUGAAAAAUAAUCCAAAUCAAUUAAAUAGAGUCGAACAAAGACCAGCUCAAUAUUCCACGCCUAUUGAAGUACCCAAACCUGAACCGCAAGUUGCAAUUACAAGCACAAAUACACAAAUGACUUAUUAUCCCACUCAGACUAUCGAGGAAACGUUACCUCAAAUGACAUACCAAAACGUACAACAACAAAUGAACUAUCGCACAGAUCAAUACAUAGACACACAAACCUGGAACCAGUACACGCAACAACAGUACACUUACCAACAAUUAGCGCAACAAUACAACCAAGCACAGGGCUACUAUCAAAACCCGCAGCCAAACAUUUUAGACUACAUUCAGCCGAUUCCAGACAUGGUCAGUUUCAUUGCAAACAAUCAGCAACUAAUGGAUUCCGGUUUGGGUAAUUAUCAAACUUCCGUUCAGUAUCCUGAUAUGUACGCGGUAAAUCAAUCGGUUUAUGAUAACGCAACGGCUUACUACGGCAACGUGGACCUUCCUACACAGGUUUACGAAAGUAGACAGCAAUCUUAUGGCGACUUGCCUCAAACCCAACCUGAACCGCAAACAACUCAAGAGGUUAUGAUUCAAACGCAGCAGCAACCAGCUGAAUAUUUAGAGAGCGAGAGCGAUCAGUUUUCGUACGCGCGAGUUUUGUCUCAGGGACUGGGCAGUGCACCUUUUCAACCAUCCAGUACACCGCAAACGCAACCGACCGCACGAUACGCUCCCGAACACAAAUCUUCGAUGCGUGGACCUCGUUCCAAGCAUACGGAAGAAACGAGGGAGCACCAAACGCGCAAAUCAACAAAGGAUAGUCGCAACUCUGCGACGAAUCCCAGUGUUGCGGCAAAGCAACACGUUUAUAGCAGUAGAAAAGAUUAUCGAGACAACGAAUUUGAUAGAGUUCAAAGACCGAAACACCAUGGAGAGCCCCGAGGGGGUGGUGUCGACGUUAACGAACGUUUUCCCUAUGAACAAGACUUUACUAAUAAAUCCUAUAGUGAUGUAGAAAAGUUCCCGAAUACAGAUAAAAAGAUUCGAAAACAAACUAACGAGAAUUACGAAAUAACGAAACAUAUCGAGCAAAAGCCUGAUAAAAAUAAGUCGCAUGUUAAGCAAAUCAAAGUAACGAAGACUACAGAAACAACAGUCGAACCUGUAAUAAUCGAUAAGAAUGUCAAAACAAAACAAAUCGUUAUCAAAGAAACGAAAACAAUGGUAACAGACCAACCAGAAGAAACAAUUACUAAAACCAAAGAAGAGUCUUCGCCAGAACCAGAACCAAAACAAUCUAUCAUAGGCAAAGUUAUAUCCUCAGUCUUUGGCAAAAAGACCAAAAAAGAAAUCCAUAAUGAGCCUUCGGGAAGCCCAAACUCAUGGGCUUCUAUAGCCAGCAAACCUGCUAAGCCUCAAGAACCUAAACAACCACAGACAAAAACCACCGAAGUUCUAAUUAUUAAACCUAAAGAUAAAAAAACCAAAAGACCAAACAUUUCAAAUGAAUUAAUUGCAAACGAAUCUAAAUUCGAUAAACCACAACCAUCUACGCAAAGUAAAAAUCGCAAGAUUCCCGAAGCAGUUGAAACCACCAAACUUGUCACCGCACCAGUACCAGAAACUUUUGAAACAGUAGAAACUGUUACUACCACAGUAACGACUAAUUCCUGGGCUAAUAUCGCCAGUAAAAACGCAAAACCAGAAUUACCUAAGGUUGAAGCUCCCAAACAAAAACCCAAACCACUAUGGAUGACGACACCAAUAUUUAAAAAAUCAGAACCGGAAAAGGAAGAUGUAGAAGAACCUCAUGAUAGCGAGGAAAAGAAAUCGAAGAAAAAGAAACAUAAGAAGAAGCCUCAUGAAAAUGUUACGGAGCAUAAACCUUCAUUUGUUAUCAGAGAAGAAAUAUUGCAUAUUUCCGAUAAGGAGGAGGAUGAGCCUGAAUAUAGGCCACAAGUACCCAAAAAGAAAAAGGGCAAGAAAACUAUCACCAAAACAAAUUCAAGUGAAACAGAAUCAGAAACAACAACUUGGGUAAACAAAACCAUGACAACCAUCACUACAACAGGUGGAGAACAUGAGGACAGUGCAAAAUCAUCUUCUGAUGAGGAUAAAAAAUCCAAAAAGAAGAAACACAAGAAAGAAACAAAAUAUGUAGAUAACAUUAAUACUACUGAAGAAAUUCUCCAAAAGAAAUCUAUUGAGCCUAAAGUUACGAAACUUACUGAAACAAGUAGCAAAAUUGUAACUCCUGAUCAAAAUAAGGCAUUUAUUAACAAUGAGAAAUUAAUUCAAGAAACACUUACUGUAUCAACUACAACCAAAACAAUUGUUACGGAAAUACCAUCUACUACUGAAACGAUUUCUUGGGCUAAUGUUACUGGCAAAAAUGCCCAACCAACUACAAAUGUGGAAAAAAUAGCUGAAAAAGAGGUUAAACCUAUUGUUGAAAAAAUAGAAACAAUAACCUCUGUUGUAACAGAAGAAAAAGCUUUCCCAUCAGAUGAUGAGGUAUCCACAGAUGACAAAUCUAAAAAGAAGAAACGCAGGAAACAACCAAAAGAGGAAGACAACAAACCUGCUUUUACAAUUACCGAAGAAAUUCUACACAUUCCUGAUGAAGUUGAAGAAUCGCAGAAACCCAAAGCCCCUAAAAGGGAGAAGAAAAAACCUGUUCAACUUAAGGUCACAGAAUUUACUGAAACAAUUAAUAAAAUUGUAACUUCUGAUCAAAACAAGGCAUUUAUUGACAAUGAAAAAUCAUGCCAAGAUAAUGUAAUGACUACCACCAAAACAAUUGUUACGGAAAAACCGUCUGCUACAGAACCAAAUUCUUGGGCUAAUAUUACAAGCAAAAAUGCUACAACUGUGGAAAACAUAGUUAAAAAAGAAGUGAAACCUAUUGUUGAAAAAAUUGAAACUGUUACAACUGUUGUAACAGAAGAACAAGAUUCCCCAUCUGAUGAGGAGAUAUCCACAGGUAAAAAAUCUAAAAAGAAGAAACACAAGAAACAUCCAAAAGAGGUGGAAAAUAAACCUGAAUUUACAAUUACCGAAGAAAUUCUACACAUUCCUGAUAAAAUUGAAGAACCAGAGAAACCAAAAGUACCUAAAAAACAAAAGGGCAAGAAACCUGGUGAUGAACCCAAGAUUACCGAAUUUAUUGAAACAAGUAGUAAAAUUGCAACCCCUGAUCAAAAUAAGGCAUUUAUUGACAAUGAAAAAUCAACUCAAGAAACAGUUACGACUGUAACAACUACUAGCAAAACAAUUGUUACGGAAAUACCAUCUACUACUGAAACGAUUUCUUGGGCGAAUGUUACUAGCAAAAAUGCCCAACCCACUAAAACUGUUGAAAAAAUAGUUAAAAAAGAGGUAAAACCAACAGUUGAAAAAACAGAAACAUUAACCACUGCUGUAACAGAAGAAAAAGAUUCCACAUCGGAUGAUGAGGUAUCUACAGAUAAAAAAUCGAAGAAGAAGAAGAAACACAAGAAACAACCAAAAGAGGUAGAAAAUAAACCUGAAUUUACUAUUACCGAAGAAAUUCUACACAUUCCUGAUAAAAUUGAAGAACCAAAGAAACCAAAAGUACCUAGACAACAAAAGGGCAAGAAACCUGGUGAUGAACCCAAGAUUACCGAAUUUACUGAAACAAGUAGUAAAAUGGAUAUUCCUGAUCAAAAUAAGGCAUUCAUUGAGAAUGAAAAGUCAACUCAAGAAACAGUUACGACUGUAACAACUACCAGCAAAACAAUUGUUACGGAAAUGCCAUCUACUACAGAAACGAUUUCUUGGGCUAAUAUUACUAGCAAAAAUGUCCCUUCAGAUGAGGUAUCCACAGAACAACCAAAAGAAGUAGACAACAAACCUGCCUUCAAUAUUACUGAUGAAAUCCAAGAUAUUUCUGAAGUUAAAGAACCUAAAAAACCAAAGGCUCCAGAAAGACAAAGGAAAGACAAAAAACAACCUAGUGAAACUGUUACUAAAACUGUUACAACCACUGAAGACAUUCCAUUAGAGGCGGGUGAAACAACCAAGAAAACAACUACUACAACAACCGUUACAACAGUAACAAGUCAAUCUAUGGAAACAUUGACAACUAAAAGCAACGGUGUUAUCCAAGAAACAACUGUAAAAGAGGGUAAUUCUGGUGAUGAUACCAAACAAAUAGUGGGAACAGAAAGGACUGUAAUAAACGGAGGUGCUGAUAAAAAUACGAUUGUACUUAUAACUCAUGAAGAAGUGAGGAUGAAGCCUGUGGUUUCCAUUAAAAUGGAAUUUGUACAACCUGAAGUACUGGAAAUUGAACGCAUAGAAAAGGGACCAACGAUAACUGAAACCGUUGUUUCAGAACAAAAGGUUAUUAAAGAGGUUAGCGAAAACGGCAGUUUAACAACUGUUACAACUUUAAAGGAAACGUAUCCAAUUGUGACAGAUACUAAAACGAUAAUAACAACAACCACCACCAGUCCUACUGAAGACGAGGUUGAUGUGACUGAGUUUGAGCAAGUUAUAUUCGGUUCCGUAAAACCAAGACCGGGUCAGAACAAAAAUCAAGACUUGGUCAUCGAAAACUUAUCGAAAGAAGAUAAAGCGUAUUGCAAACAAUUGGAAGAAAAGAUGAAGAAAAAGAAGAAACGAGGGGGUUUACCUUUGGAGUUUUUGUUGGAGGACCCGUCAGUUCUAGCUGGUCCUAAGUCAACAGAGGUUGACAUAAAUGUCACACAGACAAUGACAAGAUCGGACUCGAUUGUUGAAUUUGAAGUAAAUGAUAUUCAGGACGUUAUGAAUGUUUUAGAAACCAAAGACCAACAGAAAAUUAAAAGUAAAGGCAAACAAUCAGACAGUGAGAGUGAUUCAAAGGUUACAACUACUACUGUUACUACUCAAAAUGUUGUUGUAGAAGGUAAUAAAACGUUCGAAUGUAAGCAAGAAACAACAGUAAAAGGUGAUUUAGGUGAUUUUGUUAAGGUUUUAGAUGAAAAUAACGUUAUUUUAGAUGAGGGGGGUAAAGAUAGUAAUAAUAAAAAAGGUAAUAAAAAGAACAAAAAUAAGCCUGAAACAGCAGAUGAAGAAAGUGUUAAACCUAACUUAGAUAUUCGUAAAAGUGAUAUUAAGAGUGAAACAACAAAACUAAUAGAGAGUGAAAGUACAUCACAGGUAACGGAAAUUAUUGACCAAAAUAGGUUAAGUAUAAUUCAACAAAUGAUGCAGGAAACUAAACAGAGAUAUUCAUUUAAAGAGGACAAAGAACCUAAAAAAGAACCAGAGCAAGAUUCAUCAAGCUCCAAGAAGAAAAAGAAGAAGAAACAAAAAACGGUUUCGUUCGAGGAAAUACCUCACGUAAUUCAAUUACCGGAAGUUGAGGCUGUUAAAGAUGCAGUAGACGAUCAGUGGGUGAAUGUUGAACCUGUCAAAGAAGAAAAACCGGCUUACAAAGAUGACGAAAUCGAGGCUACCGGGUGGGAGCAUAUUGAACCGGCAGAAAUAAGCGGGCAAAAGGUUGACGAUCUUUCGGAGUCCUUUGUUAAGAUUCCAUUGAACAAAUCUGCUACUAAAGAAGAUUUGUUCGAAAAGGUAGUCGAAAACGAACCAGCAUUGGUUAUAACGGAAGAGGUUGUAGUUAUACCUGAAGAAAUGGUCGAAGUAUGUAAAAAACCUAAGCUACCAAAAUGCGAUAUAGAUACUCUCAAAGAGUUUAUUAUCAAUGAACAGACUGAUAUUAUCGUAAAAGAACAACCGCAAAUAAUAAAAAAGGUUGAAACUACAGCAACCAUUAGUUCUUUGGCAAAUAUUGCCAGCAAAAAUGCACAACCUGAAAAAUCAAUUAUUUCCAUUGAAAAAUCGGAAGAGAAACCAGAGCCUACACCACGACCAAUUGUUGAAAUUAAACCUGAGAAGCCAAAAGAAAGUGUAACUAUCGUAGAAACAGUUAAGGAAACUGUAGUUGAGCAACCAAAGAUAAGUGAAACUAUGGAAACAAUAGUCACAACGACAAGCUCCUGGGCAAAUAUUGCUGGUAAAAAUGCUCACCCUGAACAGCCCAUCAUUUCUGCAAAGGAACCUAAAAAAUCAAAAGAAGAACCUAUUAUUGAAGCUAAGAUUAUAAUUGAGCCAAAAAUAGAAUCAGAAUCUGAACCUGAAGACUCUGUUUCUAAGAAAUCUAAGAAGAAGAAACACCACAAAAAACAUCACGAUGAGAAACCAGAAAGUAAACCAGCAUUUGUGGUUACUGAGGAAAUAACUCAUAUUUCUGGAGACGAUGAGCCUUCGAAAUAUCAAUACCAACCACCUAAGAAUAAGAAACACCACAAAAAACAUCACGAUGAGAAACCAGAAAGUAAACCAGCAUUUGUAGUUACUGAGGAAAUAACUCAUAUUUCUGGAGACGAUGAGCCUUCGAAAUAUCAAUACCAACCACCUAAGAAUGCACCAAGAAAGAAACCAGAGGCUAAAUCAGAACCAAUUGAUAAAAUUAAACCUGAGAUGCCCACAGAACCAAUUGAUAAAAUUAAACCUGAGAUGCCCAAAGAAAGUGUAACUAUUGUGAAAACAGUUAAGGAAACUGUGGUUGAGCAACCAAAGAUAAGUGAAACUACGGAAACAAUAGUCACAACAACGACAAGCUCCUGGGCAAAUAUUGCUGGCAAAAAUGCUCACCCUGAACAGCUCAUAAUUUCUACAAAGGAACCUAAAAAAUCAAAAGAAGAACCUAUUAUUGAAGCUAGGGUUGUAAUUGAGCCAAAAAUAGAAUUAGAAUCUGAACAUGAAGACCUUAUUUCUAAGAAAUCUAAGAAGAAGAAACACCACAAAAAACAGCACGAUGAGAAACCAGAAAGUAAUCCAGCAUUUGUAGUUACUGAGGAAAUAACUCAUAUUUCUGGAGAAGCUGAACCUUCGAAAUAUCAAUACCAACCACCUAAGAAUGCACCAAGAAAGAAACCAGAUCCUAAAUCACAACCAAUUGAUGAAAUUAAACCUGAGAAGCCCAAAGAAAGUGUAACUAUUGUAGAAACAGUUAAAGAAACUGUGGUUGAGCAACCAAAGAUAAGUGAAACUAUGGAAACAAUAGUUACAACAACUACAAGUUCGUGGGCAAAUAUUGCUGGCAAAAAUGCCCAACCCCAAAGACCUGUGAAACCUCUCGAAGAUAUUAAAAAGCCUGAGUACAAUCCAGUUGUCCAGGCCAAGGUUGACAAACAGCCUAAGACAGAAUCGGAAUCUGAACAUGACGAUACGGUUUCUAAAAAAUCUAAAAAGAAGAAGCAUCACAAAAAACAUCACGAUGAAAAACCAGAAAAUAAACCAGCCUUUGUUAUUACAGAAGAAAUUAAACAAAUACUGGAAGAUAAUAAACCAUCUGAAUAUGAAUUCAAACCGCCUAAAAAUAAACAUAAAAAGAAACAACAAACUACCACUUUUGUAGAAAAGGAAACUAAAGAACAACAAAUUGUAGUGGAGUCUAAAGAUGUCGCUAAAUCUGACAUUAAUACUGAAUUCAUUGUAAAUGAAACUACUGUCACUGUUGUAGAACAGCCUAAAAUACCUGAAAUUACUAAAACAACAGGUACUACAACAAGUUCAUGGGCAAAUAUUGCCGGUAAAAAUUCUCAACCUCAACAACCAAAACCUGUGGAAGAAUUCAAAAAGCCUGAAUCAAAACCAAUUGCUCACCCCAAGAUUGACACUAAACCAAAGGUAGAAUCACCUAAAAAGACCCAGGAAAUUGUAACUAUUGCAGAAACUGUGGUAGAGCAACCAAAGAUAAGUGAAACUAUUGAAACAAUUGUCACAACAACUACAAGCUCUUGGGCAAACAUUGCCGGCAAAAACGCCAAACCUCAACAACCAGCAAUAACUCCUGUUGAGAUUGUUAAAAAGCCUGUGUACACACCAGUUUUCUUGCCAAAAACUGAGAAACAACCUAAGACAGAAUCAGAGUCUGAACAGGAUGAUGCCGUUUCUAAAAAAUCUAAAAAGAAAAAGCAUCACAAAAAACAUCAGGAUGAAAAACCUGAAAGUAAGCCUGCCUUUGUUAUAACAGAAGAAAUUACGGAUAUUACUGAAGAUCAAAAACCUUCUAAAUAUGAAUAUCAACCUCCUAAAAAUAAAUCAAGAAAGAAACCUGAAGCUAAAACUAAGCCGGAACAAGUCAAGGAAAUUAAACCUAAACAACCUGAAGAUGUUUCUAAACCUGAUUUUAACACUCAAUUCAUUAUAAACGAACAAACUACUGUCUAUUCUAAACCAAUUGACAAACCUGACACCAAAAAGCCUAAAGAAAUUGUUACUGUCACAAAAACCGUGGAAACUAUAAAAGAACCUAAAUUUACCGAAACUACAGAAACAACAGUUACAACAACGACUUGUUCUUGGGCAAAUAUUGCCGGCAAAAAUGCUCAACCCCAAGAACAUAUUGCUCCUGUUGAGGAUGUUAAAAAGCCUGAGUACACACCAGUUGUUCUGCCUAAGAUUGAGAAACAGUUCAAGACAGAAUCAGAAUUAGAACAAGGCGAUACGGUUUCUAAAAAAUCUAAAAAGAAGAAACAUCACAAAAAACAUAAUGAUGAAAAACCUGAAAGUAAACCUGCCUUUGUUAUUACAGAAGAAAUUACGCAUAUUACUAAAGAUCAAGAACCUUCUAAAUAUCAAUAUCAACCUCCUAAAAAUGAAGCGAGAAAGAAACCUGAACCAAAAACUGAUCCUGAUCCAAUCAAGGAUAUUAAACCUAAAAAAUCCGAAGAAACUGUGUCUGUCGUAGAAACUAAAUUAGAACAACCUAUUGUAGGGGAAUCUAAAGUUAUCUCUAAACCUGAUUUUAACACUCAAUUUAUUAUAAACGAACAAACUACUGUCGACAUUAAAACAGUUGAAAAGCCCGACGAUAAAAAGCCUAAAGAAAUUGGUACUGUCACAAAAACAGUGGAAACUGUAGAACAGCCUAAAGUUACCGAAACUAUAGAAACAACAGUCACUACAACGACUUGCUCUUGGGCAAAUAUUGCUGGCAAAAAUGCCCAACCUCAACAACCUAUUGCUCCUGUUGAGGAUGUUAAAAAGCCUGAGUACACACCAGUUGUUCUGCCUAAGACUGAGAAACAGCCUGAGACAGAAUCAGAGUCUGAACAGGAUGAUGCAGUUUCUAAAAAAUCUAAAAAGAAAAAACAUCACAAAAAACAUCAUGAUGAAAAACCUGAAAGUAAACCUGCCUUUGUUAUUACAGAAGAAAUUAAGCAUAUUACUGAAGAUCAAGAACCUUCUAAAUAUCAAUAUCAACCUCCUAAAAAUGAAGCAAGAAAGAUACCUGGACCUAAAACUGAUCUUGAACCAGUCAAGGAUAUUAAACCUAAAAAAUCCGAAGAAACUGUGUCUGUCGUAGAAACUAAAUUAGAACAACCUAUUGUAGUGGAAUCUAAACUUGUUUCUAAACCUGAUUUUAACACUCAAUUUAUUAUAAACGAACAAACUACUGUCGACAUAAAAACAAUUGAAAAGCCCGACGAUAAAAAGCCUAAAGAAAUUGUUACUGUCACAAAAACAGUGGAAACUGUAGAACAACCUAAAGUUACCGAAACUAAAGAAACAACAGUUACAACAACGACUUGUUCUUGGGCAAAUGUUGCUGGAAAAAAUGCCCAACCUCAACAGCCUAUUGCUCCUGUUGAGGAUGUUAAAAAGCCUGAGUACACACCAGUUGUUCUGCCUAAGACUGAGAAACAGCCUGAGGCAGAAUCAGAGUCUGAACAGGAUGAUACAGUUUCUAAAAAAUCUAAAAAGAAAAAACAUCACAAAAAACAUCAUGAUGAAAAACCUGAAAGUAAACCUGCCUUUGUUAUUACAGAAGAAAUUACGCAUAUUACUGAAGAUCAAGAACCUUCUAAAUAUCAAUAUCAACCACCUAAAAAUGAAGCAAGAAAGAAACCUGAACCUAAAACUGAUCCUGAACCAGUCAAGGAUAUUAAACCUAAAAAAUCCGAAGAAACUGUGUCUGUCGUAGAAACUAAAUUAGAACAACCUAUUGUAGUGGAAUCUAAACUUGUUUCUAAACCUGAUUUUAACACUCAAUUUAUUAUAAACGAACAAACUACUGUCGACAUUAAAACAAUUGAAAAGCCCGACGAUAAAAAGCCUAAAGAAAUUGUUACUGUCACAAAAACAGUGGAAACUGUAGAACAACCUAAAGUUACCGAAACUAAAGAAACAACAGUUACAACAACGACUUGUUCUUGGGCAAAUGUUGCUGGAAAAAAUGCCCAACCUCAACAACCUAUUGCUCCUGUUGAGGAUGUUAAAAAGCCUGAGUACACACCAGUUGUUCUGCCUAAGACUGAGAAACAGCCUGAGAUAGAGUCAGAGUCUGAACAGGAUGAUACAGUUUCUAAAAAAUCUAAAAAGAAAAAACAUCACAAAAAACAUCAUGAUGAAAAACCUGAAAGUAAACCUGCCUUUGUUAUUACAGAAGAAAUUACGCAUAUUGCUGAAGAUCAAGAACCUUCUAAAUAUCAAUAUCAAGCUCCUAAAAAUGAAGCGAGAAAGAAACCUGAACCUAAAACUGAUCCUGAACCAGUCAAGGAUAUUAAACCUAUAAAAUCCGAAGAAACUGUGUCUGUCGUAGAAACUAAAUUAGAACAACCUAUUGUAGUGGAGACUAAAGUUGUUUCUAAACCUGAUUUUAACACUCAAUUCAUAAUAAAUGAACAAACUACUGUCGAAACUAAACCAAUUGAAAAGCCCGACGCCAAAAAGCCUAAAGAAAUUGUUACUGUAACAAAAACAGUGGAAACUGUAGAACAACCUAAAGUUACCGAAACUAAAGAAACAACAGUUACAACAACGACUUGUUCUUGGGCAAACAUUGCUGGCAAAAAUGCCCAACCUCAACAACCUAUUGCUCCUGUUGAGGAUGUUAAAAAGCCUGAGUACACACCAGUUGUUCUGCCUAAGACUGAGAAACAGCCUGAGAUAGAGUCAGAGUCUGAACAGGAUGAUACAGUUUCUAAAAAAUCUAAAAAGAAAAAACAUCACAAAAAACAUCAUGAUGAAAAACCUGAAAGUAAACCUGCAUUUGUUAUUACAGAAGAAAUUAAGCAUAUUACUGAAGAUCAAGAACCCUCCAAAUAUCAAUAUCAACCUCCUAAAAAUGAAGCAAGAAAGAAACCUGAACCUAAAAGUGAUCCGGAGCCAGUCAAGGAUAUUAAACCUAAAAAAUCCGAAGAAACUGUGUCUGUCGUAGAAACUAAAUUAGAACAACCUAUUGUAGUGGAAUCUAAAGUUGUUUCUAAACCUGAUUUUAACACUCAAUUUAUUAUAAACGAACAAACUACUGUCGACAUUAAAACAAUUGAAAAGCCGGACGCCGCAAAGCCUAAAGAAAUUGUUACUGUCACAAAAACAGUGGAAACUGUAGAACAACCUAAAGUUACCGAAACUAAAGAAACAACAGUUACAACAACGACUUCUUCUUGGGCAAAUAUUGCUGGGAAAAAUGCCCAACCUCAACAACCUAUUGCUCCUGUUGAGGAUGUUAAAAAGCCUGAGUACACACCAGUUGUUCUGCCUAAGACUGAGAAACAGCCUGAGACAGAAUCAGAGUCUGAACAGGAUGAUACAGUUUCUAAAAAAUCUAAAAAGAAAAAACAUCACAAAAAACAUCAUGAUGAAAAACCUGAAAGUAAACCUGCCUUUGUUAUUACAGAAGAAAUUACGCAUAUUGCUGAAGAUCAAGAACCUUCUAAAUAUCAAUAUCAACCUCCUAAAAAUGAAGUAAGAAAGAAACCUGAACCUAAAACUGAUACGGAGCCAGUCAAGGAUAUUAAACCUAAAAAAUCCGAAGAAACUAAAUUAGAACAACCUAUUGUAGUGGAAUCUAAAGUUGUUUCUAAACCUGAUUUUAACGCUCAAUUUAUUAUAAACGAACAAACUACUGUCGACAUUAAAACAAUUGAAAAGCCCGACGAUAAAAAGCCUAAAGAAAUUGUUACUGUCACAAAAACAGUAGAAACUGUAGAACAACCUAAAGUUACCGAAACUAAAGAAACAACAGUUACAACAACGACUUGUUCUUGGGCAAAUAUUGCUGGCAAAAAUGCCCAACCUCAACAACUUAUUGCUCCUGUUGAGGAUGUUAAAAAGCCUGAGUACACACCAGUUGUUCUGCCUAAGACUGAGAAACAGCCUGAGGCAGAAUCAGAGUCUGAACAGGAUGAUACAGUUUCUAAAAAAUCUAAAAAGAAAAAACAUCACAAAAAACAUCAUGAUGAAAAACCUGAAAGUAAACCUGCCUUUGUUAUUACAGAAGAAAUUACGCAUAUUACUGAAGAUCAAGAACCUUCUAAAUAUCAAUAUCAACCUCCUAAAAAUGAAGCAAGAAAGAAACCUGAACCUAAAACUGAUCCUGAACCAGUCAAGGAUAUUAAACCUAAAAAAUCCGAAGAAACUGUGUCUGUCGUAGAAACUAAAUUAGAACAACCUAUUGUAGUGGAAUCUAAGGUUGUUUCUAAACCUGAUUUUAACACUCAAUUCAUAAUAAAUGAACAAACUACUGUCGAAAGUAAACCAAUUGAAAAACCCGACACCAAAAAGCCUAAAGAAAUUGUUACUGUAACAAAAACAGUGGAAACUGUAGAACAACCUAAAGUUAUCGAAACUAAAGAAACAACAGUUACAACAACGACUUGUUCUUGGGCAAAUAUUGCUGGCAAAAAUGCCCAACCUCAAAAACCUAUUGCUCCUGUUGAGGAUGUUAAAAAGCCUGAGUACACACCAGUUGUUCUGCCUAAGACUGAGAAACAGCCUGAGGCAGAAUCAGAGCCUGAACAGGAUGAUACAGUUUCUAAAAAAUCUAAAAAGAAAAAACAUCACAAAAAACAUCCUGAUGAAAAACCUCAAAGUAAACCUGCAUUUGUUAUUACAGAAGAAAUUACGCAUAUUACUGAAGAUCAAGAACCUUCUAAAUAUCAAUAUCAACCUCCUAAAAAUGAAGCAAGAAAGAAACCUGAACCUAAAACUGAUCCUGAACCAGUCAAGGAUAUUAAACCUAAAAAAUCCGAAGAAACUGUGUCUAUCGUAGAAAGUACAUUAGAACAACCUAUUGUAGUGGAAUCUAAAGUUAUUUCUAAACCUGAUUUUAACACUCAAUUCAUAAUAAAUGAACAAACUACUGUCGAAAGUAAACCAAUUGAAAAACCCGACACCAAAAAGCCUAAAGAAAUUGUUACUGUAACAAAAACAGUGGAAACUGUAGAACAACCUAAAGUUACCGAAACUAAAGAAACAACAGUUACAACAACGACUUGUUCUUGGGCAAACAUUGCUGGCAAAAAUGCCCAACCUCAACAACCUAUUGCUCCUGCUGAGGAUGUUAAAAAGCCUGAGUACACACCAGUUGUUCUGCCUAAGACUGAGAAACAGCCUGAGGCAGAAUCAGAGUCUGAACAGGAUGAUACAGUUUCUAAAAAAUCUAAAAAGAAGAAACAUCACAAAAAACAUCCUGAUGAAAAACCUCAAAGUAAACCUGCAUUUGUUAUUACAGAAGAAAUUAAGCAUAUUACUGAAGAUCAAGAACCCUCCAAAUAUCAAUAUCAACCUCCUAAAAAUGAAGCAAGAAAGAAACCUGAACCUAAAAGUGAUCCGGAGCCAGUCAAGGAUAUUAAACCUAAAAAAUCCGAAGAAACUGUGUCUGUCGUAGAAACUAAAUUAGAACAACCUAUUGUAGUGGAAUCUAAAGUUGUUUCUAAACCUGAUUUUAACACUCAAUUUAUUAUAAACGAACAAACUACUGUCGACAUUAAAACAAUUGAAAAGCCGGACGCCGCAAAGCCUAAAGAAAUUGUUACUGUCACAAAAACAGUGGAAACUGUAGAACAACCUAAAGUUACCGAAACUAAAGAAACAACAGUUACAACAACGACUUCUUCUUGGGCAAAUAUUGCUGGGAAAAAUGCCCAACCUCAACAACCUAUUGCUCCUGUUGAGGAUGUUAAAAAGCCUGAGUACACACCAGUUGUUCUGCCUAAGACUGAGAAACAGCCUGAGACAGAAUCAGAGUCUGAACAGGAUGAUACAGUUUCUAAAAAAUCUAAAAAGAAAAAACAUCACAAAAAACAUCAUGAUGAAAAACCUGAAAGUAAACCUGCCUUUGUUAUUACAGAAGAAAUUACGCAUAUUGCUGAAGAUCAAGAACCUUCUAAAUAUCAAUAUCAACCUCCUAAAAAUGAAGUAAGAAAGAAACCUGAACCUAAAACUGAUACGGAGCCAGUCAAGGAUAUUAAACCUAAAAAAUCCGAAGAAACUAAAUUAGAACAACCUAUUGUAGUGGAAUCUAAAGUUGUUUCUAAACCUGAUUUUAACGCUCAAUUUAUUAUAAACGAACAAACUACUGUCGACAUUAAAACAAUUGAAAAGCCCGACGAUAAAAAGCCUAAAGAAAUUGUUACUGUCACAAAAACAGUAGAAACUGUAGAACAACCUAAAGUUACCGAAACUAAAGAAACAACAGUUACAACAACGACUUGUUCUUGGGCAAAUAUUGCUGGCAAAAAUGCCCAACCUCAACAACUUAUUGCUCCUGUUGAGGAUGUUAAAAAGCCUGAGUACACACCAGUUGUUCUGCCUAAGACUGAGAAACAGCCUGAGGCAGAAUCAGAGUCUGAACAGGAUGAUACAGUUUCUAAAAAAUCUAAAAAGAAAAAACAUCACAAAAAACAUCAUGAUGAAAAACCUGAAAGUAAACCUGCCUUUGUUAUUACAGAAGAAAUUACGCAUAUUACUGAAGAUCAAGAACCUUCUAAAUAUCAAUAUCAACCUCCUAAAAAUGAAGCAAGAAAGAAACCUGAACCUAAAACUGAUCCUGAACCAGUCAAGGAUAUUAAACCUAAAAAAUCCGAAGAAACUGUGUCUGUCGUAGAAACUAAAUUAGAACAACCUAUUGUAGUGGAAUCUAAGGUUGUUUCUAAACCUGAUUUUAACACUCAAUUCAUAAUAAAUGAACAAACUACUGUCGAAAGUAAACCAAUUGAAAAACCCGACACCAAAAAGCCUAAAGAAAUUGUUACUGUAACAAAAACAGUGGAAACUGUAGAACAACCUAAAGUUAUCGAAACUAAAGAAACAACAGUUACAACAACGACUUGUUCUUGGGCAAAUAUUGCUGGCAAAAAUGCCCAACCUCAAAAACCUAUUGCUCCUGUUGAGGAUGUUAAAAAGCCUGAGUACACACCAGUUGUUCUGCCUAAGACUGAGAAACAGCCUGAGACAGAAUCAGAGUCUGAACAGGAUGAUACAGUUUCUAAAAAAUCUAAAAAGAAGAAACAUCACAAAAAACAUCCUGAUGAAAAACCUCAAAGUAAACCUGCAUUUGUUAUUACAGAAGAAAUUACGCAUAUUACUGAAGAUCAAGAACCUUCUAAAUAUCAAUAUCAACCUCCUAAAAAUGAAGCAAGAAAGAAACCUGAACCUAAAACUGAUCCUGAACCAGUCAAGGAUAUUAAACCUAAAAAAUCCGAAGAAACUGUGUCUAUCGUAGAAAGUACAUUAGAACAACCUAUUGUAGUGGAAUCUAAAGUUAUUUCUAAACCUGAUUUUAACACUCAAUUCAUAAUAAAUGAACAAACUACUGUCGAAAGUAAACCAAUUGAAAAACCCGACACCAAAAAGCCUAAAGAAAUUGUUACUGUAACAAAAACAGUGGAAACUGUAGAACAACCUAAAGUUAUCGAAACUAAAGAAACAACAGUUACAACAACGACUUGUUCUUGGGCAAAUAUUGCUGGCAAAAAUGCCCAACCUCAACAACCUAUUGCUCCUGUUGAGGAUGUUAAAAAGCCUGAGUACACACCAGUUGUUCUGCCUAAGAUUGAGAAACAGUCCAAGACAGAAUCAGAAUCUGAACAAGACGAUACGGUUCCUAAAAAAUCUAAAAAGAAAAAACAUCACGAUGAAAAACCUGAAAGUAAACCUGCUUUUGUUGUUACCGAAGAAAUUACGCAUAUUACUGAAGAUCAAGAACCUUCUAAAUAUCAAUAUCAACCCCCUAGCAAUGAAUCAAGAAAGAAACCAGAGAAAGAUAUUAAUACAGAUUUUAUCGUAACUGAACAAACAACUCAAAUUACAACUACCGUACAAAAAACCGAUAAGUUGGCUGAAUUAAAUAUGAAAGAAAAAACUCCCGAAGAAACGGAAGAAAUUGUUAUUAUCGUGGAUGAAGAAAUAUUAACUUUAUUAAGAUACGAUAUUCUUCAAUUGUAUAGAGAAGAAGAAAUUUAUUACAUUAAUAGGGAACAAGAACAAGAUGUGGUAUUAGAACAAAUUAAUCCUGUGGUUAUAGAUGAGAAAUUGCCUUAUGAUAUAUUGUCUUUGGAAAACGCCGAAAUAAAAUGGUAUGAAGAUAAAGCCAAGCCCGCAGCUACAGAUCCUAAAGUAAUCGAACCUAUAGUAAUCGAGGACGAACAAACUGACAUUGACAUAACAGAACCUAAAUCCUUCCUUACACCAACCGCCCCAGAGUUCGUUCCUCAAUACCUAACUCAAACGGUCACUGCUACCAAGCCGUCCCAAUUCGAAGCUAUACUCGAGACCGCGACGGAAUUCGUGCCGAAAUCCGAACAGUCGCGUCUUAAUCCGUUCGCGGCCGAAUUCGUGCCGGUAUUCGAAGUUAAAACUCCCAGUGAAUUGGUGCAACCGAACGUCGAACUUCCGCAAACCUGGAUUUACAACGUGGUCGACGAAAACAUCGAAAUACCGCCCGAUCACGCCAGCAACUUGUGGGUGGAUCAGAUUCUCCACGAACCAGCUCUGGACGAGGAAAGCCUCCUGCCAAAAGACGUGGUUUCAGAGUUAAGUGCAGGCGGUGACGAGAUAACGCCUAAAGGCGGGAUUUUGUGGGCAAACAUAAUCGGCUCCAAAAAAUCGUCGCCAGUUGAGACUGUCAAGAAGGAACACAAACCUCAACCUGUACCAGAACCUAAAGAUAAGAAUCGACCAAAACCUAAAGUACCAGAACAACCUAAACCAAAAGUACAAGAAUCCAAACCUGAACCUAUUUUACAGCCUGUAAACGUUUGGGAAGAAUUAAAGAAAGGCGACAAAACUUACGCUGACGUAGUUGCUACGGCAAGCGAACAUCCCGUGGAAACCGUUAAAGAAACCGUUACGGUUAAAGUCCAAAAAGUAAAACCAGUUGUUGAAAUACGCGUCCAUGAAUCAGAGCAUCAAACCACUGAACCUUUGGUGGAGGUUGACAAAGAUGGUUUCAUAGUGCCUAAACACGAUAAGAAAUCACGUUCUAGAUCUAGAUCUAGAUCAACGCAAAAACAUACACCUAAAGUAACUUUGUCUGAGGAAUCUCCUGAUGAAAAACACAAAGAAAAGGAACCGAAGCGCAAGUCUAGAAAACCCGAAGAACCAAAACAACAUCAUAUUCCAGUAAUAGUAGUACCACAAGAAGAAGUGAUCGAAACUGUGGUAAUUGAAGAACAAAAUGUAUUUAUCAGGGACGUAGAGAAGUCAAAAAGCUAUGCCGGCAUUUUGGGUAGCAGAGAACCAUCUCCAAGACCUAAAUCUAAAGAACCGGAAACAAUUAAAUCAGACGAGGAAACCAAAGGAUCAAUAAAACACAAAAAAAGAGUUGAAAGAGUUUCUUCAGAUGACACAGAUACUGAAAAAUCCAGGACAAAACACAAAUCCAGAAAACGUCCUGGACAUACUCACAAUAUAACCGAGUUUGCCACCACAGAAACUAAACCUACAAUCGUUCAAGAAACAGUUACUACCACAAUAACUGAACCUAUAAUUUUGCAAGAGACUGUUGAAUAUCCGAAACCAGAAGAUUAUAAACCUGCCCCCAACUCCUGGGCCAGUAUAGCAAGCAAAAAACCAGAGCCGGUUGUAUCAGUCGUAGAACCUAAACCUGUUGCCAAACCAAGAGAGAAAGUGGAAAAACCUAAACCUAAGCCCAAACCCAAAGAGCAAGUUGUAACAGUUACUAAGGAAAUACUAUCAGAACCUGUUCUUAUGACAGAAAACAUAGUUCAACAACCUAAAAUAACCGAAACUAUAGAAACUGUAACAACUUCAAGUUCUUGGGCGAACAUAGCCAAGAAAAACGCUAAACCCAAUGCUCCAGUCAGAGAAAUUUACGAAGUAGAAAAACCGAAACCAUUUGAAUUUAACAUUGUUAAAACGUCGACUGUUAGCGAAGAUUCCACAACUGAUGAUGAAAAGCCCAAGAAAAAGAAACAUCAUAAGAAGAAGCACCAGGAACCUGUUGCUCAAGAACCAGCAUUCGUCAUCACAGAACAAAUACUGCACAUUCCAGAUGUUGCAGAAAGUGAGUCUGACGAGCAAACUAAAAAAGAAAAACCUAUGAAAAAACCCAAACAGAUUAAUGAACCAAUUAUUUCUUCCGAUAAUGAGGGUAUCGAAGAAACUGACGACUUUGUUUUUGUCGAUACUAGAAAAGAAACUCCAGCAGAAACAGCGACAGCAGAGUUUAUCAACAAAGAAUCAAUAAUAAUUGAAGAACAAGAACCACAAACUAUUGUCACGACAGAUUCCAAUGUGAUUAUUAAAACCACAACUAGUUCCUGGUACACAGAUACUCAUGAAAAUAAAGAACUUAUUGAAGUUAAAGAACCACAGGUCGAAAUGCCUGAAGAAAGCAAAAAACCAACAGAAAGUUUUACAAUAACCGAUGUUGAAAAACCUGUUGAAGAAGAGGUUCCCGAUAAGAAAUCAAAGAAAAAGCAUAAAAAGAAACUACAUGAAGAACCAAUAGAAAACAAACCUGCAUUUGUAGUAACCGAAGAAAUCAGACUAAUUCCUGAAGUAAUAGAGAAACCGAAACCAAAUGAUGUUUCAUCGGCUUUUAUAAAACAAGAACAAAUAACUUUAGCACCAGAAGUUAAAACUGCAGAACAAAAACCAGUUGAAGUUAAAAAGGUUGAAUAUAAGGGUCUUCCUGUCGAUGACAGUACCAAUGCCUUUAUGGACAUUCUGGAUGAACCAAUGACGUUCUCAGAUGAUGAAGAUAAUCAACCAAAAACAUCAGAAAUCACUACAACUGAAACUACUGUCACCACAAAACCAACAUCUGAAAUUAUAACUACAGUAACCAAAACUACAACUAGUUCUUGGGCUACUAUUGCAGGCAAAAAUGCUGAUCCAGAAGAAGUUAAAACUCAUAAACCAGAAACAACUAAGAAAGAAAAAGAAGAUAUUAAAACUGUAGAAUUUCUUGUAAAACCUGCAACGGAAGACGUUUCAGACAAAAAGUCAAAGAAAAAACACAAAAAUAAACCCCAUGAAGAACCCAAGGAUACUAAACCUGCUGUUGUAGUAACAGAAGAAAUUCGACAAAUUGAAGUAACAAAACAACCAGAAACUAUAGAAGUAUCAACAACUAAAACUGAUAGAAUUCCUAAAAAAUCAACUGAAAUUAUUUCAACUGUUACAAAAACAACCAGUUCUUGGGCUACUAUUACUGGCAAAAAUGCUAAACCAGAAGAUUUCGUAUCAGAACCUCAAGUCAAAAUGCCAAAAGAAAGCAAAAAACCAAUAGAAACAGUUUCAAUAACCGAAGUUAAACCUGUUGAUGAGGUGCCAGAUAAGAAAACAAAGAAGAAGCAUAAAAAGAAACCACAUGAAGAACCAAAAGAAAUCAAACCUGCAUUUGUAGUAACUGAAGAAAUUAGACUAAUUCCUGAAGUAAUAGAGAAACCAAAACCAAAGGAUGUUUCAUCUGCUUUUAUAGAACAAGAACAAACAAUUUUAGCACCAGGAGUUAAAACUCCUGAACAAAAACCAGUUGAAGUUAAAAAGGUUGAAUAUAAGGGCCUUCCUGUCGCUGAUAGUACCAAUGCAUUUAUGGACAUUCUGGAUGAACCAAUGACGUUCUCAGAUAAUGAAGAGGUAGAUAGUAUACCAAAAACUACUACAGAAAUUACCACAACUGAAACUACUGUUACCUCCGAACCAACAACUAAAAUAAUUACAACAGAAACAAAAACUACAACAAGUUCUUGGGCUACUAUUGUUGGUAAAAAUGCUAAACCAGAAGAAAAAGGACCCAAAAAAUCAAACAAAAAGCAAAAGGAAGAACCAAAAGAAAAGAACCCAGCAUUUGUUGUUACAGAAGAAAUAAAAUUGCCAGCUCAAGCAGCAGUAGAAACAGUCGUUGAGGAAACAAUCAAAGAAACUAUUCCCUCGCUUAAAACCAAAGAGGAAGUCGGUUCAAUUGUUGAAGAGGUUAAACCAGCCAAGAAAAUCGAAUACAAAGGCCUGCCUAUCGACGAUACCACAGACAUGUUCAUGGAUCUUCUCGAUGAACCGAUGGUUAUGUGGGAUGAUGAAACAGAUGCUACUAUCGUUACUACAGUUACAACUACCACGGCAGAGCCUGAGAAGAAACCAAGAAAAUCUCGCGAGCCCAAACAAGGAGACAGAGUUAUAGUGCCGGAAAAUCCCAACAAAUCGCUGCUGAAACCCUGGUUGGGAGAUACGUACGCUGAAGUUGCAAAGCGAAGCAGAUCCUCAUCACCAAUGCCAACUCAUAAAACGCUGAUAACCGAACAAGCAAUAAGCCCAGUCGAGCUUGAAAAAGAACUGAAACAUCUUGAAAAACCGGCUGAAGUUACUAUGACGAGGGAAGUAACCGUAGAACAAAUACCAACUGCCAAUGAAAGCAAACAAACCAUAACUAGUUGCGCAACGAUUGUGCAAGUUAAAACGGAAUAUUUGCCAACACAUGAAAUUACAAUCACUAAAACAUCGAAUAUAGAUCCGAUUGUAACAACUGAGGUUCAUAAAUCGAAUAAAACAGUUAAGAAGGAUUUAAGCAAAAUCAAUGUGGACACUGUGAUAACCAAAACCACAACAACCAAGAGUUAUAAUCCAUUUGAGGAGGAACCAGUCGAAACACCUGCAAAUCCAUUUGACGAAGACGAAAAAGUAUCGACAGCUGAAGAAGUUUUGGUAACGUCCGAUGAACACGACGGAGACAAAAAGAAGAAGAAGAAAGGUAUCUUUAAAAUGUUCAAAAAAGACAAGAAGGAUAAGAAGAAGAAGGAUCCAGUCGAUUCUGGUUCGCUUAUUUCCGAACAAACUGUAACGUCUGUGGAGUCGAACCAAGUUGAUGAGUUUGUCGAAGGUGAAAAAAACGUGGAAAAACGCGGUAGUUUUAUAAGCAAAAUGAUUUCGAAGGUAAAGAAGGGUAAAAAGGAUAGGAAUGCGACCGAUGACGAAGGUACUGAUACGGAAAAGUCAUCGAAAAAAUCGAAGAAAAAGGACAAGAAGAAAGAAGAGGAGUUAACUCCUGCCGAAGAAAGCAAACUUUUUAGUGAAAAAAUGGAUAAAAAGUCGAGCGUUAUUUCAACGAUUGUAACCAAGAUUUCGGAGGUAUUUAGUCCGAAGAAGUCUAGGAAGGAUUCCUUGUCGUCGGACGAGGAACUCGGCCAUAACAUAUCUUUGGAAGACAAUGUGUGGAUCGCCAAAUGCAUCUACGACGACGCGGAGGAUUUGUACCAUGAGAAACUUGCGGAAGAAAAAAAAAAGGGAAGAUCGGACGGCGGUAAGCCAAGUGAAAGUGACGGCAACGAUCGCGGCGACGGCGGCGGCGGCGGUUCCGGCGGGGACCGCCCGGACAAACCGGACAAACCGGACGACGGUUUCGGUAGACCGAGCGCCAACGGCAGCAACUACAUGAUCUAUUCGUUACCGGGUAGAAUAGCGGGUUGGAAGGACAAAAGCACCUACUUGUCGUCCGAGCCUCUGGUAGCAUCAAAUGCUCCCAACGAGGACAAACAUUUGCGCGCGGCUCAAAGACUUUCCGAAAGCAUGGCCGAAGACGUGAUAUCAGACCCUAUAACCCCAACCCCCCAACAACCUUACAAUCCUUCUCUAGGGCCCCACAAGCAGCCAUCAACACCAGGUCCCCUCACCGACGACGAGAAGCAGCUCAAGAAGGAUAUAACUGAAAAUGUGGAUUCUCUGCAAAAAGCUCUACAAUCUACCGAAACCAAUAUAGAAGAUCUACCAUCUGAAGGAUAUGAUCAAAUGAUAUUAGCUUUGGAGCACAUCACUGGGGAACUCAAGAAGCAUGCGGCAGAGGCCAUCCGCUUGGAAGGGCUCAUCAUAGUUCUGACUGCAGAUCAUGAGGCUCAGACGUUGGCAGCUCUUUUGGCAGGAAUACGGACCAGGAUUGCCAGCCUGCUGUCGCAAGCCGAAAACGGAAGGAUUCUAAUAAAGAAUGCUCAGCAAUUGCAUUUGAAGAAACAGCAGGAGGUUCAUCAAUACGAAAUUUUGCUGACCGAUAUCGAGGUCUGGUUGAUAACGUUUAAGAAAACCAUCGACAGUUUCGUAGCACCAAAUAGUGAAUCGCAAGUGCAAUUAUCCCUAAGUGAAACUGAAAGACUUCUUAGAGAACUUCACGAUAAAGAAAACAGACUUAAAGAGUUAGCGGCAGUGUGCGAAGAGUUCAACAAACAUUCAGAUUUAAAAACGUACGUGGAACCGUUAUUGCAACAACUUCACACUAUAACGUUGAUUAUAAUCCAACAAAAAACCGUCAUCACCACGAGGAUAGAAACUUUGAGGAUACAACUCAUCGAACUCAAAGAAAAGGAGGAUUUGUCUCUGGAGAACACUUUGGACUCCAGUUCUAUGCCCAUAGAGGAAACACCCGUGCAAGGUGUUCACAUAGAAACGCAAACCGGCAGAAGCUUAUCCUCACCUGCACCUGCACCUCAGCAAACCACAAAAGACUUUAGUGUUACUUAUAACGUACCAGUAGACGCGCAAAUUCAAGCAGAACUUUCUAGAAGUUCCGCCGAAGAACCUUUGGCCCGACAAAAGGAAACGAUCACAAUUUCGAAGAGUGUACUGGGUGGACAAGAAACCAUACAAAUAGCGACCAUUCCGAUGGCGGAACCACAGCCCAUAAUCGAGGAACCCGAUGACGACAUCACCGUGGAGGCCAACUACAGGAAAGAACCGGACACAGACAACCGCAUCACGGAACUUAGUAUUGUAAACGCAAAGGCAAACCAACCAUUCGAAACGGUAUUCGUGGAGCCCGAUGAAACCACCACCGAGGUCAUAGUGGACGCAGAUGGUACCAAGAGAAUCAUCGUCAAGAAACUCCACAGAACCGUGGUGCGUCAUCAAGAGUCCCAUCGACAACAACAGCACUUUACCACGCUUAGCACCAUCGAAGGUGACGUCCCGGUAACCCAGUCGUUCUCGCAGGUUACCUUGAAGGGACAGCAAAGCAGCACGACCGUGGCGAGCGGCGAUGGCAAGUCGGCCACCCUGACCAGCCAACAGUACGGCGGCAAAAUCGUAUCCGGAGCACCUGGUGGCGAAAUCAAUGUACAAGAGUUCCAGUCGGAGCCCGAAUCGCACUACACCUACGUUGGUGGUGCCAUAAGGCCCGACGAGGUUGAAGUCCAAGGUAUCAAACUACACGAAGGCGAUAUCACCUUGGUGGAUAAUCAAAGCAACAAAUUAGUGCCCGUUGGUGAAGGCAACAUAACCUAUGAAGGCAACGAAAUUCAUACAUCCAGCUCGAGUGUAAGAGCUGUUGUGCAACAGGUCACGCGAAGAAUCAUCCGUAAAACCCGAAGAAUCAUUCGCAAAACCGUCGUUAUUGAUGGCAAGGAACACGUGACCGAAGAAAUCGUCGAGGAACCGGAAGAAAUUGAGGUUACGGAAGAAGGAAUACCCAGAGUCAGCAUUAACGUAACGAGAACAGAGGAUGGGCGUGUGGUUGAAGAACCAAUAGUUAUACCACAAGAGCCGACAGUGAAAGUGCAGGAAACUACUAUAACUCAAGAACCAGAAACUGAGAGGUACGUUGUAGAACAGCCCAUAGCACUUCCAGUUGACACUGCACCAAAUAAGGUCGUCAUCGACUUCCUAGAUAACGAACGGCUUGUAACGAGUAGCAUUGAUAGUAGUACAGUUGUUAAAGCACCUAGUGGCUCCUCCACACCUCCAAAUAAAAAGGAGAGAAAGAAAAAGAAAGACAAAAAGACUCCCGAUGACGAGUCUGUAAGUAGUACUGAAGCUGAUAAAGUUGUUUCUGUUACUGUAGUCGAAACGACCAGCCCUCCUACUAAGGAGCAAAAAUUCCCGUCACCAGUAUCCGAGAAAACAUAUACAAUAGAAGAACCAAAGGAAAAGAUCACUGUUGUGGGAAAGACGCCAAAACAAUCACCUGUUGAGACAGCCUCAAUUACAAAAACCACUACAGUUAUUAAAACUCCAGAGCAAAUAGAAACAGUGACAAUUUCACCAGAAAAAAAAGAGUCGCCAGUAGAAACCACCAUUACAAAAACCACAACUGUAAUCCAAUCCCCAAAACAACAAGAGAAAGUAUCCCCAACCGAACCUACCACAGCUACCGAGAUAAUUGAAACUACAUCAAAAUCACCUAUUGCAGAAACAAUAACAACUAAAACAACAAUUGUUUCUUCUAAUGAUAAACCUAAGGAUACUGUAUUAAAGCAACAAACUAUAGACUUAUUGGAAGCGGAGAAAAAGCCAGAAAAACUGGAGCUACAAACAAUAUCGAAAAUAUACAAACAAGAACCAGAAGAAAGUAAAACUAAAACACCUGAUGUUCCUAAAACGCCUACUCAAGCAGUUACAGAGGUAACCACAGUAACUACAAAGGUAUUUAAAUCUGAAACACCUAAAGAGGAGCCCAAACUUAAGAGUGUUACACCUGAUGUCUCUAAAACUCCUAAAGAUGAAUCAAAAUCUGUCUCUCCCACAAAAUCUGAAACUCCUAAAGAAGAACCAAAAUCCGAAAGGACAACUCCAGUGCCCAGUGCCCCUCCAGAAGGCGAUGUGUCUCCAAAAAUGAGUUCGUUGACUCAAAAUUUUAUCUUAACCGAACAACUACACGAUCCUACUUCACCAGUGGCGGCGAAAUCGCCGGAAGAAUCCGCUGAAUCACCAAAAGGUAAAAAGAAACGUAAAUUUUCGUCUUCCAAGAAAAAACUGUCACCGGGUACGCCAAGAUCGCAGAGCCCUGUAGACGAUGCCCAAGCAGAAAAUAUUGUCGUCGAGGAAACUAAAAUUAUCACCUCAAAGACUGUCGAUCCACAGCAAGGAUAUGAAAUUGAUUUGACUUUGGAAGAAACGCAAAAAAUGUCCGAUAUACCGAAACUAGAAAAGACUGUUGAAAUCGAAAAGCCACUAGGCACUGCUCAGACUGUAGAAAUCGAAUUAUCCCUCGAAGAAAAGCAGAAGAACCGCGAUAUCAAGACACCGAAAGUAGCAGUAUCGAUGAAAAUCGAGGAAGAUCUUAAUAAGACCGCAGAAAUACUGCAAAAAGACAUCAACGUGCAGCUACCAAGGGAAACAAUUGAAGCUUCAUCGCCGAUUGUUCCAAAACACGAGGAGGAACCGGCUACUCCAAGCGACUUUAGCGGUCGAAGUAGUAAAAAGAAAAAGAAACACAAACCACCCAGUCGAACACCAACCGAAGAAAAAUCAUCUUCCAUGGAAAUAGACAUCCCAGAAGACUCGCAUGUCUCAGAAGAAACGCCAAAGCCAUCCCAGGACAUUUUUGAACCGGUCACUGACUCCGAAGAAGGCGAUUCAGAGAAAGGAUACGAAGCCGAAAGAACAACGGUAGACGAAAGCCUCGCCGACGAUGACGACCAAGACAAAAAGAAACGACGCAAGAAGAAACGCAAGCAGAAGAUCAAGGUUAAAGAAAGCGAAGAUUCUCAGGUACCACAAUCCAUAACGGAUUCAUCACCAAUCGGCGAUUCUGUGGCCUUCACCGAUGACGAACCGUCACAGCCGAAACCUACGGAAGAGCCUAAGAAGUCCAAAAAACGCAAGUCCAAGGGCAAACGCAAACAAUCUGAGAGCGAGCAAGAAAUGGAAUCUGAAACAAUUCAGGAAGCCAAAGAUGAGGAAAUACAAUCUCCCAACGAAUCCUACCAUACAAUUUCUACUCAAUCUGAACCAGGCACUGUCAAAGUAAUCGAAGAACAAAUGAUUACGUCACCUACUGAAUCACCAAGAGUCAUAACCUCGGAAAUAGUCACCACCGUGCCUGUGCUUGAAGGGGUUAUAACCCAAGAAAACAUCGUACAAACUUCUCCGGUGAAUAUUACCGCCGAUUUUAUCGCAAACGAAAAAGCAUUGGAAAAACCACAGGGACACGAAACUUCAGCGCAAACUUCACCUGAAGUACCCAAGGAAACCUUAGAAACAUCGAUACAAACAUCGGAGGAAGUCGUGAUAAAACCCGAGACCGCAGAAAGUACCACUCAAAUUGAAUUGACAACGUCCGAAACACUAACACAGACAACACCGCCUAAAUCGCCAGAAGAAAAAGUAACAGUCGAGACUAAAGACAAAUCAUCGUCGCCAAUAAAAACCAAGGUGACCGAAGUUGCUACGGCUACAACACCAAAAACUAUAAGCCCUGAAGUUCCCAAGGAGGAAAGACCAAAAUCUGAAAUGUCCAUGCAAACCACCGUAAUUACUACUGAAGAAGUGAGCAUGCAGACCAAGUCGCCUGAAGUUGUCGAAACUACUGAAAUAUCAACGCAAAUGCAACCUGAAGUCAACGAUCAACAGACGUCGCCCAAAUCAAUGACUCCUGUUGUAACUUCUCCUGAACCCUCCGCUUCUUCAGAACCAAUUUCUUCAACACCUAAAGAAGAAUUGCCCAUACCAGAACCUUCUCCUGUUGUAACUUCUCCUGAACCCUCUGCUCCUUUAGAACCAAUUUCUUCAACACCUAAAGAAGAAUUGCCCGUACCAGAACCUUCUCCUGUCCCAAGUCUCAGCGAAACCACCCCAUCUUCAUCCGAGUAUGAAGUACUAGUCAAAACAACUGUAAUUUACCCAUCGGAUACAUCUGAAAGUACUGUAACUCCAACGCAAGAUACUUCCAAAUCUUCUAAAGAUACCAACGUAGAGGAUGGUUCAGAAUAUUCAUCCGAUGAAUACUCUUUGCAAGUCGAAGUGGACGGAAAACCAUUGGACAAAAACUCUGUUUCCACGUUCUUGGAAGCAGAACGCGAAAGCACUGAUCCCAAAAAACCAAAACGUAAACGUAAGAAGAACAAGAAACCAACUGACAAUGACUCCAAACAAGAAAUAGAGAAAGAUUUGUUUUCCGCUUUUAAACAGCAGGAGGGUGACCAUUUGGAUCCAAAGGAUUUAUAUUCUGAUGUGGCCAGGAAAGGUUCCAGACCAGUUUCACCGAUCGUACCUGAAGACACUGAAGUGUUUACUAAGGUUUAUACUGACAUCAAUGAGGAGCAAAUUAGGAUCCAUGAUGCACCAGAAGAAUCAUGGGUCAACGUUUCCAUUACACUUCCACAGAAACCGGAAAUAACUCCGGAAGACAUCGAAAUUAUCACCAAAGAUGUCUUGAAAACUAAACAUGGCAAACCUAGUACCUUCAAAGUGGACUCCAUGUUAACCGAGGCGGAAAUAAAAAGCAAACAUGAACCUCAAGACACCACAACAACAGUUGAACUAUCUAUUCAAACUGGUAAGUCUAUAGAAGAAAAGCCACUCAAGAAAGUGGAAGAAAUUAAAACCCCAGAACCCGAUGAUAGCACCUCAAGUGAAGACGUUAUUUUCGUCGAAUCUGUACAACUUAAACCUGUAAAACCCGGCACCAAACCAACAAAGAAGGAAGCAGCGGCCGAUUUUUUGGAACAAGAGAAAGCUGUAAGCCAACCUAAACAAUCUGACGUAUUCGAUGCCAAGCCUAAAACUACACCAUCUAAACCCAAAGGCAAAAGCAAGCACGUUUCUUCGGUUACAAUAGAAGAAGUACAGUCACCUCCUAGAGUAGCCGAUACACCGUUAACUCCUGGAGCAUCCGAUGCUCCAUUAUCACCGCCAAACUAUCCAAUUAUAACUUGGAAACCGGCGGAAGUUUCGAAACAAACAACAGAAAAGCAACUACCGAUAGUGCUACAAGAUGUAGAUAUUAGAUGGAGCCAAGCUCAAGCUUUGGAACGAUUCAAGAACUUACAGAAUGCGAAGAAGACAACGCAUUUAAGCGACGUUUUGUAUCUUGCAACUCUAAACGAAAUAGUCACAGAUGAAACUGUAGAACAACGCAACAAUAAUGUUCAAGUGAGCUUGGACACUUUGCAGAGAGCCCUUGAAAAACGCGAUGUUGUUGUAAUCCAACAAACUAUAAUAACAACGGUGGAGACCAUAACAACUUGGUUGGAAACUAUAGAAUAUAGAAUUUACGUGAACAGACAACAAACGGCGGAUGGUCCUUCAAAAGAAAGAGUACAAGAGUUUAACAACUUAAGGGAUGAAAUUUCUAAUAUCGAAUCCAAAGUCGACCAACUGCAAAAUGUUAUGAGUAUUGCUGAUAAUAUUUACAACGAAGAAGACAGAGAGCGCAUGAGGAGCUACAUUGAAUCCCUACAACAACAAGUCAAGGUUAUCGAGGAGGUAACCGAAGAGAACGAAUUACUGGCUGCCAGCGAUCUAAAGAGAUGGGAUGAAUUUGUCAACGGAGUGGAAAAUGUAGGUCACGUGGUUCGUAAUUUGUACAGACAGCUAAGCGACCUUAAGGAAUCAGAUGCUUCCCCACAAACAAAGCUCAACGAACUGGAUAAACUGGAAAAUACCAACCGAAGUCAUAUGCUCAAAGCAGUACAUCUCAAAGCAACAGCUAAGGGGUUGAUGAGGGAUUUCCCUACAAGAGAAAUACCUAAUGAAGUUUAUGCUGUACACGAUCUGACUAAACAAUUAGAACAACUUAUAAUAACGGAAAGGGAGAAGGCUUUACAGUUCCUGUCUUUGGCUGAUGAUUAUGAACAAACUUUAAAGGAGUUCAGUCAAAUUAUUAUUAUUGCCGAAGCCUUGGUAGAAAGUUCAAUAUCAGUGAGGAACUUGGAACAUCUUGAAGAUGAAAUGCAAAAUCAUCGCAAAUUCUUUGUGAAUCUAAGCCAUUGCAGAGCUAUUUUGGAAUCCCUAGAGGAAAAUCUUGACUCCGAAACAAGAGCCAAUCAUUCAGAAUUACACAGGAAUCUUUACGAUCGUGCUAAAGUAAUCCUCGACAAAUCGGCAGGUCGUUUCCAACAAAUGUCCCUAGCAGCAUCCAGAUGGACCAUCUUGGAACAAGGCACCAAGGAAGAAAUUAAGUGGCUUCAAGUUGCCCAACAAAGAAUACCAGAUCUGAGCAACGUAACCUCAUCCGAUUACGAUCGCUACUUAAAUCUAUAUCAAGCAUUAGCUUACGAUAUAGACCAACAUCAUACGAAACUAUUACAUCUAAACGAUGCAGCUCAGAGAUUGCAAGAACUUGUGAGCUGUCCAGGUUUGGAGGACGCCUUUACGGAAUCUUUGGAGAUUAUCGUUAAACUCCAAGAUGAUGUUAACAACAAACUGGAACGGUUAUUGGCUUUCAAGGAAACCUGGACCACCUAUAACAUUCUAGGAGAUAAAUUGGAGGCUUGGCUGAGAGAUGCUCAAAUCCAACUCAAGAAAAUUGAUGUCUCUUCUGGACCUAGAGUCCAUCUAAGACAAUUCUGGGAACUCAAAGCUCAGCAUGAAGUCAACAAUGGCGCCCGUCUAAAUGCCACUCAAGCCUUGGAAAAAUCUCUGCAAGUAGUACCAGUUGCCGACGAGUUAAUUCAACGUAAAUUCCAUGCCGACCUGCAAUCGCAAUGGAACAAAGUAUCGGAUAGGAUUAACGUUAUACAAUCGAGCAUUUUGGAUACCAUAUCGGCGUCCGAUAAACCAGUAAACGAAAAACUGGCUUUGCUAGAACAAGAGUUGGCGGAUUUGAAGGUUGAUGUGGAUAACUUGCAAGGUAUUAUUAAGAACGAGGAAGAAUUGAAUUUGUAUGUUGAAAGACUGCAAAUAAUGUCAUCGAGAAUGGAUACCAUCCAAAACGAAUUGGGACGAUUAGGUUUACUAUCCGCCGAUGAGUCGGAGAAGGUCGGGUCGCUAUUGGCUUUAUCCAAACGACUCGAGUUGGUGAUUGCGGAAGAGUUAGAAGGAGGAAUCAUGCUGAAGGAAAGACUUCUAUCCAUAGACAAAGGUAUCAGCAGAGUGCGCAGAAAGCACUCGGAAUUCAGCCGAGGCCUCGACCAAUGCGAAACCGCGGAAAAACUGGGCAGCGAGGCUGUCGAAAAGGCGGUCACAGACUGCAACGAAAUAGGCGAGGAGCUGGUAACCCUUUGGCAGGACCUCAUGGGGCUCAGACAGCUCCUCCACACCCUCCCGAUGAGGCUCAAAAUCACCGUAUCGCCGGUCAAAGUCGAAAGAGAGAUAUCGCAAUUGCAAGACGACCACACCGCGUUAGAAAAGCGAUGCGGGCAACUUUUGGCCUUGCUGAGAAGUAGACUGAGCCUCUGGCAGCGAUUCGAGAGGCAGUUGGAGAUGGUUCAACAAAGCGUUCAAGAAGCCGACUUCAUGAUGGAGCUGCUCACCGUUCAAGGCACCGUCGAUUACGAACGGUUGAGGAAGGCUACAGAGCGGCUUGAGAGCGUGUCUGGAGACCUAGUGACGCGCGAGACCCUCGUGGAGGAGCUCAAAGAAGCUGCCAAACCACUGACGGACAGCUGCUCUUCGGAAGUGUCCGCCAAAGUUCAGGCGGCGGUACAGGAGGCGGUGACCGCCUACUCGACCACCUGCACGCAGCUGAAAGACCUGUGCACCAAGUACGGCAACGCUGCCGAACUCUGGAAGCAGUACAGGGAAGCUGCGGAUCUAGUGCGCGAAUGGACCGAAAAGCCUAUGGAAUCGGUGGACGAUUUGGAGCCGGACGAGGCAGUCGCCAGGGUCAAGAUAUGUGAAGAGACGUAUGCGGCUCAUAAGAAGCGCCUAGGCGAGAUCCAGCAACUAGUCAGUAACAUCGCGUCGGCGGUGGGCUUGGACGCCAAGGCUCUGCUGGGCGGCGAGGUGGACGCUCUGGGCAAGCGGCUCGAAGAUGUGCGCGAAUCCCUCACGACGCUGGCCGACGUCGCCGACGCCAAGUCGAAGACGAAGAAGGAGAGGGACGACGAGAUGCUGGCGUCUCGAACCUACCUGACCUCGGUGCAGAGGAGCUUGGACUCUUUGGACGGCAGCGACCCGGAGUCGGAUCCGGAGGAGAAGAUGGUCGCGCUGAGAGAUCAUUUGCUGUCGCUGAGCAAGACCGAGGGUCAAAUCCGGAAAAUCAAGGACAAAACUCUGGAGAUAUCCACCACGAGAACCGAGACGUCGGUUCUGGAGAUUUUGGAGUUAUGGCAGCAAGUCUUCAGGGAAACCUUCCAGCAGUACCACCGUCUUAGCACCCGUCUAGUCAAAAACGAGGAUGGAGCUGCGGCUCUCAAGCUCUGGCAAGAAUAUCUAGUCAAUGUUCAGCAAUUCUUGCAAGGCACCAUCCCGGGUGAUUACCACAGCCUAUCCGAUCACCAACACUUGUGCCAAGUGCACCAAAAUCUCCUAACUACGCAACAAAACGUUCUUAAACCUUUGGAGAACAAGGACAACCUGGUGGAAGGCUUGGUGGAAUCCACAGUCAUGGAGCAGUUCAACUCUCUAACAAAUGUACACAACGAAACUUUGUCCAGGAUAAUGGAAAGACAUAUCGAAGUCCAAAAGCGUUUGGAUGCUUGGGAACAGUACAGAAAAGAUCAACAAGACUUGCUAACCUGGCUGAAAAACAUCGAAAAGGAAAAGGAAAAAAUGCAGUUGCGCUACAUGCACAUCCGCAGAAUACCAAAGUUAAUCCACCGCAUUGAAGGCUUUUUGGAAAGGGUACCAAGCGGUUAUGAACAAUCAGAUAACUUGCAGAUACAACAAAAUCAUUUGCUGCAGUUCUGCGACGAUGCACUAGCCACUUCAAUACGUAUCGAACACGUCGCUAUUAGGCAAAGAAUCUCCAACCUGGAGGCUGGUUUGCAGACGUGGCGCGAGUUUUUAGUGAGGAUUCGAAACCUCGUCCAAAUGCACGAAGAACGAGCCAACAAAGUCCAAGCCAUCUUCGACGGUAUUCAAGAAACGAUACACCAAAGCACCAAGAAUAUCCCAGCAACGCACGCAGGUAUCAACAGCAACUUGGAGUACUUGCAACGAUCGAGAAACAGGUUGAGUAUGGCCGUGAAAGAGCUCGAACAGCUGGGAGUGUCGCAAGAGCAACUCAAAGAGUGCCUGAGUCAUCCCGACACCAAAACUAUAAAUCAGAAGAUGUGGCUGUUGUGGCAUCAACACGGCGAUCUCGAACACCAAUUGGCUGCGUUGUGUCAUCAGUACGAGGAAAAGUUGGGCACAAGAUCGAUCUUCGAUGCACGUCAUUCGAGGUUCGUAGCCUGGGCUGACGAUAUCGAGAGACGCCUGGAGCAAGACUCGGACGAAGAGUCCGCCUUGCAAGACCCCAAGGAGCUUCUGCGAAAAUUGGAGUCGGAACUGCAAGCGGAGCUCACUCUCAAGGACCGCGAGUACAAAUGGCUCGUGCGCACCGGAAACGAUCUAGUCGACGGGUGUGGCGAUGAGUAUAGUGACGUGACGGCCAAGCAAAUACUCCAAACCAAAACCGUGGAGGUGCAGAACCGCUGGGAGAAGUUGGAGAACCUGGCGAAGAGCCGAGCGAACAAAAUCCACGACAUGAUGCAAACGAUGAUGACGCUGGAAGAACGCCUCGCUCAAAUCAGGGCGUGGUUGGCGCAAAUCGAGGCGCAACAAGCGAAACCUUUGGUCUUCGAGGGCAGCGGAAAAGACGUGCUCGACAGGAAGAUCCAGGAGCACGACAAGCUGAGGAAAUCGAUUGAAAACGAGAGCGGAAACAUCGGCGACGUUUUCAAUCUGUGCGAACUUUUCCUCAGCGAUGCCGAUACCGUUAAAGCGCAUUUCACAGUCGAGAAUAUCACUGCCGCGAGAAGUAAUGUCGAGAAACGCUGGAAGGUAGUCUGCGGACAAUCGGCAGAGCGCAAGCGCAAGAUCAACUACCUCUGGAAAUUACUUCUCGACAUAAUCAAAUUAAGCGAGGAACAAGAACAAUGGCUAAACGAUAAAGAGUUCAAGCUCAAAGAGUUCGACAAGCCGAUUAAAGACCUGGAUAAAGACGAAAUACAGGCUCUGAUCUAUCUAAUAGAGAAUAAAAUUAAAGACAUCGAGACUCAAACGCCCAACUUCCAAAUCUUGGAGCAAACCUACUCGAAACUAGUCACUGAUGGAGGCCUUGAACCCGAAAACGUCCAAGAGUUAACAUCCAAAGCCCGCGUGGUCAUCACCAGAUGGCACAACCUGUUACCCAAAGCUACAAACGUUCUGGAACGCCUCAAGGCCGAGAUGAUGCCUUUCAAGGAAUUCUCAUUGGCUCACGAGGACGCCGUUGUCGCUUUAAGUAACAUAGAUGCUCAAUUGACUGAAUUACAGCACCUUUCGGCUGAUAAACUUCUACUCAAAGAGCGUUUGAGUAAACUGGAAGGCAUCGAGAGGAUUUUAAAGUCACAAACACCUAACCUCGACACAGCCGACCGUUUGGGCCUGAAGAUAAUGAAGAAGAGCAAGAAAUCGGAAGUGAGCAAAAUCCAGGAGAUGAUUGACGAAUACCAGAUCCUAUGCAAGGAUAUAUAUCGGAGAAUUACCGUUAUUAAAGAGGAAAUCACAACGCAAAUCAAGCGGAGACCCCAGGAAGUCGACGAGAGUGUUCAAGUCGAGACUCUCAAGUUCGAACGAGACUCGGCAGUGCAGGUCAACACGUUGCCACCUCAGCUGCAAAGAAUGACUUCCAUAAGCGCCAAAGAUGCUUACUUGGUGCAAAUCAGUUCCGCACUUUUGGAGUGCAGAGCUGACAUCGCCGAUUUAGAGGAACUGGUCAGGAAAGAAAUACCCAAACAAGGUUCUCCGGAACUACCUGCUAGUAGCAAGAAAAUAGCCAAGGCUUCCGCCAAAUGCCAAGCCAGCGUCGAACUGGUGAGGCAUCUGCACGAUCUUUUGACGGGAGAGUGCGACGCCACAGCAGCUGAAGCUGGCACCGACGAGGUGGAAGAUCUGAGCGAGAGAUUCGACAUGCUCUUGAUCAGCGCGAAGGAGAAAGAAAAGAAAUUGCGAGAUCUAAGCGAGGCUGGACGUCUGUUGUGCCCCCUGUGCACCAAGCGCAACUGGGCUCAACUCGACAACGACUUAUGGCGCCUGGAAAAAUGGCUGCAAGUGGCCGAAGCCACCCAGAAAUCCCUAAAAUCCCCACCCAAAAACAUAGAGCAACUCGAGGACGUGAUCCAAGACCACAGGGAGUUCCUGUUGGAUCUCGACAGCCAUAGAAGCAUCGUAACCUCUUUAAAUAUCGUCGGAACUCACUUGGCUGAUCACACCGAAGACACUGAAAGAGCCGUAGAGUUGCGAAAGAGGUUAGAAGCCGACAACAAGAAAUGGGAGGCCAUCAGGAUACAUGCCGCCCAGUGGGCUAUACAGCUGCAAAGGGCGCUCAUGGACAACCAACAGUUCCACGCAAUCGUGGGGGAACUGUGCGCAUGGCUGGAGAAAAACGAGCGGAAGAUCAAGGUAACGGAACCCGUAGACUUGACGCAGCCCGCGGAGCACAUCGAGGCGAAGUACCGGAACUUCAUGGAGAUCCGCGCCGAUUUGGAGCGAUGCGAGCCGCGCGUGCUCAGUUUGCAGGAAGCUGCGAAUCAGCUGCUGCGCGCGGAAGACGCGCCCGAAGGUUCGAGCGCCAUCUGCAAGCGUUUGACCGAGUUACGGUUGAAGCUGCAGUCGCUGAUCAGGCUGACGGCGAUUUACACGCUGAAGCUGGGCGCCGUUCUGGGCAAAGAUCCGAACGAACACUACCAGGGCGGGGAAAUGCCGCAGCUGCAAAAUAUCGGCUAUGACCUUAAGGAUCUGCCUGACCAGGAAGAAGCUUCCACCUCUGCACAGGGCGAUACCACUCACAAUGGUACUUCUGACGAAAUCAACCCGUCGACUUUAAGACGAGGUUGUAGAUUUUUGGGCAGGGUGGUGCGCGCCUCGCUGCCCAUCCAAGUGGGUCUGAUGCUGCUGCUCGGGGCUGCCUCUUUUGUUCCCUACACCGAAGACGACUAUUCUUGCUCGAUUGUUAACAGUAUUGCCAACCAUUUGACGCCCACUCUGCGUUACAUGGACGGCACGCCACCGAUUUAGUAAACUUUAAAUACUCGAUUAUGUAUUACCAUUCCACGUUAGUUACUUAAUUUUUUUUAUUUGUUAAUGUGUAAAUAAGCGACUUAUUUUAUCAGGCAAAGCUCUAUUCUAACACGAUGUACAUAAAAAUAAAUAUAGUGUAUACCUAGUUAUAGUUUUUGUAAGAAUAACUUGUAUAUGAAUCGAUUUAUCUGUAUAUUUGGGAACGCACAAAAUAUCUAAUAUAUUUUAUAAUGUUAUUAAUGUAAAAGGUUGUGUAAAAAUUAAUUAUGCUUGCGUUUUGAAGGAGUGGAACACUUUAACUCGCAAACUACUUAAUUUUAAUGUGAUUGAAAAGCCCCAGUUUCGUUAAUUUGUUCAAAUAACACAUAAAUAACUCUCCAAUUUGUGUGUUAUACUAAAAACAAAACACUUUGACACAGCUGACUCUCCAAAGCUGUGAAAAAGUUCCUUCAAAAUCAAAAAUCUCCCAUUUUGGUUUUGGAGGAUACAAAACGAAAUAUUGGGGCCCAAAAUAUAUAAAAUGCCUUAUAUAUCUAUUUUUUAUUAUCUUUACCGUUGCUUUUUUGCCAAUUUUAUAUUGUUUUCAAUGCUGUUAUGUAAUGAUAUGAUUUAUUAAUGCAAUAUUAUAUUUAUCCUAUAGCUUUUUUUGACAGAUUAAUUAGAUGCUUUUGUUUUAGAAAUAAUAGGAAUGUUUUCACAAUAAGUUAUGUAAUGUUAGUUUAUUUGGCAUCUUAAUAAAAUGUAUGUUUUCAUUUAUAAAAAUAAAAAUUUAAAA